CCUACUCGUAUUUCACAAAGGGCUCUUUGAAGCUACCUUCCAGUGUCUGCUACGCGAUAGACCCUCGACCAUCAAUCUUGGUCAACUUUUGACUUAUAAAUGGUUCGAGAGUAGUAUCAUUUGCAUCAUUUUUACGGGAACUGAGAAUGUUGAAGACCACGUGGAGUCGCUUGCUUUUUCUAGGACUUCUUCUUAUUGAGACAUCUUCAGCCCGUAAGUAAUUUCAAUCUGUUACAUGUAAGCAUGCUGUUGCGACUUAAGCACGCUAGACUUUAUAUAUCACCAUAUGUCUGGCUGUCCCCUCUGUUCUUUGUCCUCUACUAGAAAAACGUGCUUGUAACUGCAAGGCAACAAGAUUAUUCCAUUUGCAGAAGAAAUGUAGUUGGAACCGAGUGUUGCAUUACUCAAAGAGUUACACUCAUGAUUGUUAUCCUUUCCAAAAAGGAUGAGAGGGAGAGUAAACUAUCCAAAAUAUUCAUCACCUUGUUUUGGGGGAAAGAGCUAGGUUUUUCGGUAACUUUAAAGAAAAUUCUACCUUAUACCUUUUCAAUGUAUGUUAAGACCUCUCACUGAAGUAGCCAUCGUUGCAAGUAAACUCGAUCAAGGGCGGCAAAUUGAAGUCGAAGAUCAUUGCAACUCAUUGCACAUAACAGAUCAUAACAUAGCUUGGUAAGAACCAAAAAGGAAAGUAUAUCCAAAGUGUAUUCACCUACAUCGACUAAUAUAUCGUUAAAGGUCUUCAUUCUCGAUAAAGGUAACUUCUAAACUUUUUUAAACGUUAAUAAUGCGGAAAGUACAUCUUUAAACAAAGACGCACUCAUUCUUUAGACUCAUGUUAUCUUAGAUCAACGAGGACGGAAUUGUUGACAAAACAAAAUUAAUACCACAUGAAAGAAAUAUCGAUGCUGUUUAAAAACUAGGCAAUUUCAGGCCAACGAAAGGAAAAGUGAAAAGUCAGCGCUAAGUUAAUUGUUUCAUCAAAUCCUCUCGCUAAAUGGUUUUUGAUCUUUUUUGGUGAUUGAUGUGGGUUGGUCAAUAAGCUUAUAUCAAUCGUUGCGCCAUUCUUCAAAGAGUACGCCUGUAUGUUAUACAGGCUACGUUACAACGGAGAUACCGUCCCUAUAGGCUGGAGUUGGCUUGGGUUAGUAGCUACCAGCGUUUUAAAGCCUAAAACACACUUAAUUGUAAAUUUACAGUGCUUUUAGAGGCGAAGACGAGGACCAGGGAACAAAUGCCUCAUUCUUCUGUUUUGCAUCGCGUGACGCCCGGACAGUACAGUCACCAGAUUAGUUGUUUGCGUGAGAAGCUCAUAGCCUCACAAGGCCCACUGAAUUGACUUUACGAAAUAUUUAUGGACACUUUCCAUAUUUCUUGAAAAUGGAAAAACCAAAUAGGAUUAGCCAGACGACGAUUUUUGAUAUGGCAAUUAAAAAAGAGUGCAAAGGGGAAUAAAUUUCGUAAGAAAUGAGAGAGAGAAAGAAGAUCAGCCGAAUUUACGAAAACCGCACCAGGUCUGGCCACAAAGCUUAACUUAACUUAAAUAAAGGGGUCAAUGGCCACCUUACUAUAGAAAAAUUCAGCUCUUUCCUAUAAGCCAUAUGACUCCCUUCUUGACUCCUAUUUGGCAAAGAAAUAUUCAAAUCUAUCAAAUUCUAUCACUUUCAACUUGGUCAUUCCCCCGGGGGGGGUACUCCCUAAUAUGGGCUAUACAGGUAUGUGCGGCCCCAAAGGGUAGGGUUUUUCAGCCGUUUUGGUCAUAAAUUGGGUAUCGAUUUUGGCUAUUUUGCCGCCAUUUUGGUCAUAAAUAGGGAAAAGAUUUUUGCACUGUAGUCUUGAAUGCACUUUUUUAGAAGAAGCUAUUUCCUUAUCAUGUCCCCCUAACCUAAUAAAAGCAGAUAAACAUUGCCUUUAACAUUGGUCUGAACUAGGGAAAUAAUUAUAAGGCAGGUCUGAAACAGGGUAUUGAUUUAAGGGUCAGGUCAUAAAUAGGGUAUCAAAUUUUUGGUUAGGUCAUAAAUAGGGUAGGGAAAAUCGCAGAUUUUGGUCAUAAAUAGGGUAAGGGUUUUGGGAAGCGGGCCGCACACCCCUACCCAAUUUUUCUGCGAGUACCCCCCCCGGGGUCAUUCCUAGCUGCUUUAGAGCCCUACAUGACCGUGGCAGCUUAUUAAAAAAAAACAAACCGCUUAUGAAAAUUCUCACCGGCCGAAGUCACCAGAAACCUGGCUAUUGCUGUGCGAAUAAUCUAGGCCUUUUUGGAGCAUGUUUUUAAACACUUCGCUAGAUAUAAAUUUAAUUAAUACAACAGGUCUCUUCAAAGGCUGCGCUACUGUUUCAUUUCAACGUAACAGCGAGGGCAACAAAGCAAAACUUGAAACUUAGCAUGUUAAUCAGUGUUAGGCUAGAAUAAUGUAUCACCAUCUGUCAGAGUGUAAGGUUUAAACGGUAAGUCAGGGGCGGAUCUAGGGGGAGAGUGCAGGGGCUGCGCACCCAACCCACCCCCUCCCCCCGAGAUGACUUGCGGCUUUCUAAUACAACUGGUAUUCUGUAUUAAAAUAGGUUUACGUGACCAGUCAGUUACGCCAUUUCUUAGUGGUGCAUCUCCUCCUAAAAAAAAUCCUGGAUCCGUCCCUGCCCCCCCCCCCCUUCCCUUUAUCAAAGAGGCUCUGAAAUCUCGCAUCGUUAUCUGCUUGGCUUGAAAUCGCAGGAAGUUUAAUAACUCUACUGAAAUUAGCAGCAAUAGGACAAUCUUGAUUUGUAAUAUUAGAGGGACAUUUGACUUGAAAAAUGAUUCGUCCAUGAGAAAACUGGUGUCAGUUUAUUGUAACGGUUUUAAUCCGUUUAUUGUUAUCUUGUUUAGAGAACCCAGGCGAUCCAUGCAUUCUUGACCUUGGAUUCAUAUUGGACGCUUCCGGAAGCAUUACAUUUGCGUGGCCUGGAGUCCGACAGUUUGUUGCUAAUGUUGUCCGUCAAGUGAACGUUUCUGCUGAUGGGUCUCAUAUUGGUGUAAUAAAAUUUGGUGCUGAUUCUAACGUUGAAUUUGGGUUUAGCGAAGGACAAGACAAGGAUGCUGUUAUCAACAGGGUUCUUAAUCUCGCUGGACCAGAACCAUUCGCUAAUACACAGUUACAUUUGGGAAUUAAAGAUGCGAAUGAAAAACUUUACAACAACGCCACGCCUUCGUAUCGAACAGAUCCCAGUGUUAGGAAGGUACGUCCUUAUUAUUUCCUUCAACAGUAAAGUCGUUCACGUGGCUCGUCAGUCGCGCAGUUGGUUUGUUAUUACCUCUGCUCGCAGUCGAGGGUAAAUAACGCCCGCUCUGCCGGCUUAAUAUUUUCUGAUUUUGAUAGUCUAGAGAGCCUUCUGUAGCCGGGUACCUUCGGAACCAACUGGGCACUACCCUGUUCACAGACGAUCUACGUGAAAGUUCUCAUUCAAGAUGUUCGAGCUAGCGUAUGAGAAUAAAAACCGCAGCGGAUUAAUUUACCGCUUGUAGGGUGCGCGUCAACGUCUGUGGACAGGCUAUCUAGACACCUUCCUGAGUAGCUUUUUCUUAGUAGUUCAUGAUCCUAUGGCAACCAGUGGUAGUGAAGGAAAUAACUUAACCAGUUCAUGCCUAGCCCAAGUUUCUGGCGAGAUAGCUUGUCACUCUAACUUUUAAUUCUGUUACCAUUUAAGUGAAGCCUCUUCAGCAGGACUUUUGUGCAAUUGCAUAAAUUGCGUUCACUGCGACAAUCAUUUCUUCAUUUUCACUAUUUUUUUCAUAGGAUUUUAAGCUAAGAAAUUUUAGGUUCAAACCCGUAUCCCAAAAGAAGGGCGGAUUCCACUGUCACAUAAUUUUCACGUGCGUGCGCACUUAAAUUUUACGUGCGUAAAUAAAAUAGAGACGAUAAAUGAAAUGUUGCGCGUGACCUUUCAUACACCUCCCCCAUUUUAUUUACGCCCGUAAAAUUAAGUGCGUACGCACGUGAAAGGUAUGCGACAAUGGAAAUCCGCCAUAAGGAGCCAAUUGCCCCAGAGAGAUAGUACGUCAUGAAGUAAAAUUCGAAAAGAAAGGUGCUUGUGGACUCUUAGCAGCAACAAAUGAAGGGAAACAGGGCGCAAAUACUGAAAAUACGAAGUGUGAAAGAGUGUAAAGGAGAAACUGAGGCGAGUCGUCCCACCUGAUUCCUAGUUUUCUUCGGCUCAAUAGAAUUCGCUCCCUUCAGCCUCGCCGCUGAGCUUCGGCUCGGCUGUCCGACGGCGGGAGUUCUUAGAUUUGGGAAGGGCGAGUAAUCUCCCAGCUAACCAUGUCUGUCGGCCGUGGCGAUUUCUGCCACGCACAUGGUUUUCAAGCCACUUUUUGUGGGGGAGUGCUUUCCAGCAUGUUUGUGGAGUAAGACACUCAGUCGUUCUGAGCUUAAAGAGUUCACUAUUGCUUUUUCUCUACCAAAAACUAAAUCUAGUCGCAAUUCUAUCUAGACUUUUAAAAAUGUUCCUCGUCCGAUCUAAUAUGGCGCAAGACGAAGGUCGACCUCUCGCGACUUCGUCGCUCGCUGAAAGACUCGUGAGGUCGACUUGUGGCAAGUCUAAAUUAUAUCCUUCCUUUCCUUGGUGUGAAUUACGUAAUCUGUUUUACUUGUGCCUCAAGUCCUUUGCUAAGUACUAUUGUUUUUCAUAGUGCCAUCCACUUCUCAAUACGUAUUUGAUGUUAUUUCCCAUUGAGUUACAUAUUCUCAAGCGUCCUUUCGAUAAUAUAAAUAUCCUUUUGGUUGCGGUCCAGGCGAGAGAUGAGAAACGGCGCGAAUUGGGAAGAGAAGAGAGUGAAAAAGAAAACGAAUGAGAGGAAAAGAGAGACAUAACUCGCCCUUCCCCCUACCCCAUUCGCCUUCUUUUUUGCGCGCCUUCUCCAUGAUUUGACCGCUUGGAACUACACGCAGGCUCCUUGAGCCAAUCCACCUUCAUCAUGCUGCAAUCGGGCCCCCACCCCACCCCCUCUAUGCAAUGUCGUGCCGCUGUUUGAACUACCUUUAGGAAAUUACAAACACUCCAACUUUUGAAUGGAGGAUGGAGGGAGUAUUGAUUAUUUUGUUCUCCUUGGGGACAGUGCCUCAACAAUUUUGUCAGCAUGCAUAACAGGCGUUUUAUGAGCCAAGCAACUGGAGGCGAACGCGGCAUUUUGCGCGAAGCGCGAGACGAGGUGAGAAGAAUACUCGCGAUCCCCACGCUUGUCUCGCGCUUUGCGCAAAAUGUCGCGUUCGAUUGUACUCUUGUAUUUUGUUAACAGUUAUUCCUUCCUUUCUGUUGUAGGUGGUUGUGAUCGUGACAGAUGGGGCUCAAACGCCACCUGGCAAUCCAUUCGUCCCAGCAAAUAAACUAAAACGAAGGGGAUUUGAAAUCUACGCCGUAGGCGCAGGAUCCGCCCAACAACGUCAAUUAGAGUUGCUUCAAAACAGGGGACUCUACUUUGUGCAGUCAAUUUAUGACAUACCCAAGCUUGCAUUUCAAGUAGCGCAAAAGAUUUGUCCAAGUAAGUAUAGUGAAUAAAGAUAGUGGAAUUGGGUUGUUCGUUUAGGGGAAGGGGGUGAGGAGGGUGGGUCCACCUCAAACACAGUAGAAUUGUAGACAAAGUGCGAACAUGGUGCUUCUCGAGGUCCCAUUCGCUUGUGCUCAUCAAUAAUAUUUUGUCUGGACCAAAGCACUACUGGGUAGUCUAGGUCAAUGUUUUAACAUACUGUCGUCAUAUUAACAACUCAGAAUAAAGGACAGAACGGGGAAGGUAACUCAAGUUGUUAAUAAUUAGAUGCGUUAUAUUUUUUACGUGAGCUGUAGACUCAUGCUUGGGGAAAAUUAGCCACUUUUACUUCGGGUCUACGAAAAACGCCUUGGUUAAACCCUGAUUUUUUUACAAUAAUUUUUGAAAUCGUUAUCGCUAUUUUAGUUGUGAUCAAAAUUUAAAUGGCCAAUUCUAUUUUUUAAUAGUAGACAGUUUAGACAAUAGUAUUAAAACGAAGAAUGUCAAGCAAUAUGCCGAAUAACGCCUAAACUUGUACUCCAGCCUUUUAAAAAUGAAAGUUUAACUUUAAAAAUUCUACUCAUUCCGAAGCAAUUCGUGUUAGAAACCUAGGAGAACAAAGACGAAAUUUUCCGACAGAACAGUAUUUUCCGGUUGUGUCACGACGUUGAAUGAAUUUUUAAUUAGCAAGCUGUCAUCGCGUUAUGUUUGUAAACUCAUAUUUCACAAGGGGCUAUUCAAAUCCUUUGCUCCAUGCACUCUACAUGCGACAGCAAUCCUUUCAAAGUCUGUGCUUAUGUUUGUCGUAUAAAUGGUUCAAGGACAGUAGAAUUAUAAGUCUGCGAUAGGAAGUCUAGCCAUGGUUUUGCUCUCUUGGCCGUCGCUACUCCUUCUGGGCUGUUUACAAACGUCUAUUGCUCGUAAGUAUGAAAUUAUGUCUGCGGUCAGAAAUUUGUAUGCUGUGGGUCUUCGGACUUCAACUGUUAAACGAACCUCUAUAUAACGAAGUCUUCGGUAAAACGAACGACCCGACCUAGUAAUGGUAAAAUGUAAAAGAAAUUCGAUGCAACGAAACCUUGUUAUAGCGAACAUAGUUUGCCAGUCCCUGGAACCUUCUUAAAUCGAGAUUCCACUAUAGAGUUGUCUAGGACAGAAUGCAGUUAAGAAGAUUGUAAUUAAAGCCGUCGUUUAGAAGAAAAGGACGGGAGAUAGCGAUAUAAGGGACAAGACAUCUAUGUUGUAAGGUAACCAGAAUUAUCUUUGUGGACUGUAGUGGUCGCAUUUAAAAAAAAAUACUAUUAAAAUGCAUGUCAAGGUUUAUAGGCGGCACUGAAUACAGUGUGAUCAUAACAGCGUGAGUGGUCAUAGCGUGAGUGAUUUUUGACGUCGCUGUGCUUGAAAUCAAACGUUAUAUCAACAAGAUAGGAAUUAACAACUUUAUGUAUAGUAGUCAGUAAAGUAAUCUUGAACAGCUAUCCCUCCCCAGAAGAUCUGGGGUCUGGUGCAAUGCAAGAACUCUGAAAAUCACUGAAAGGGUAUCACAUGUCUGCCCGAGAGCCCGAGCGGAAGGGCUGGUUUUUGGAGCACUUGUAACCCUUCAAGGAGAUGUGUCACGGUUAUCUAUUUAAUUUUGUUAAUAAUUAAACACUUAAUGACUGGUCCCUCGGGAAACAGUUAAUAUUCUUUCGAGGGAAACAUUGAAAUUCGACUGUUUCACGUGGAACCAGUCUUUAAGUGACUUCUUAGAUAGCUGGAAAUAUAGAAGCUGGAAAUUCAUUAAACCUUGCUGUAACCGUAGUCGUCGGUGAAUAUUCGCCGGGGUAGCAGUGCACUAUUACCGUCUGACGUCAUAGAUUUCUGCAAUAGAUUUUGGCUAGAAGCAUGUGACCUCGAAGUAACUAAUGGGGAGGAUGGCACAGUUGGUUAGCUCGCGGCCUUCGGUGGGCGUGGUCCCGAGUUCGAUCCUCCGUAACAUCGCAUCCUUGUUUCAACUUUUCUCUUUUCUGUGUAGCUUUAACUACCUUGCUUUAAAUACCCUUAAAACGGAACAUUGAUGGAGAGAGAGAGGGGGGGAGGGGGGGAAUAAGUGCACCGUCGACCUCAAGUUUAUCAGUUUUUAUUACUGUCACGAGUUACUGAUGUAAAGUAUAGUUGCUUUAAUUUACCUUUACCUUUAAUGAGAGCGUGCACUGUUGGGAAAAAUUCCCAGCUAUAUAACAAUGCUUACGGGCGGACCAUUAUUUUUUGACGGGGGGGGUUUGGAAAAUUUUAAAAUAAAUUGUUUGCGGAGGCUGAAAACACUGAAAUAAAUUGUAAGCAAGUAAAAAAAUGUUUGUAGGAAGACGGAGACACAAAACAAAUUGUUUGCAGCGGUGCAGCGGGAGCCACAUAUAAAAAAAUGUUUUCAUUGUGAAACUUUACCAAUGACCCCCCCCCUCCCCCUCCUCCUAGAAAAUUAAUGGUCCGUCCCUAAUUACGCUUCCUUAUUGGCUGUGGCAUUGGACAAAUAACUCGCACACCGGUAGAAGUAAAUGAUUUUUACCCCCUUAGCGGGUUCUCUUCUCAUUUUUGCUCUCUCUUUUAUGUCUCCUCAGAACUUAUCACAACAACGGUAAGUCACCUUGAGUCGCAAACUCAUGUUAGUUUUUUUAUUAAGCAGAUAUAGCAUAUACAAUGCAACGUAACAUGAGAGCGCGAAAGCGGGCGAACGGACUUCCGGUGCCAAUUUGCCACUCUUCUAUUGGUCAACUCGGUUUUGAGAUCUGCGCCCUGUCGUGUCUGUCUUCAUGUUGUGCUUGCUAAAUCUGCUAAUUGACUAGUACGCCUAACGCCUACUCUGACAAUGUGCGGAAUCGUUUCUAAACAAAAUUCUGUUGAUCAUGGCUAAGCUCUCGGUAGUCUUCUUCGCAGCAGCUCACGGUGAGUCACGCAAUGCCUUCCCCGCGGUGAGCAUUACGUGACUCCGGCCCGAGCGGCCAUGAAGGAGACUAGGACCUGUUUCAAACGUCUUGCUACUGCCGUUCUGGGCUGGCUCAACUUCAGCAAGGCUGUAGCAUGACUUGGUUUUUAGACGUCAAAGUUAACUCAGUCGAAUAAAAUAGCUAUUGCGCGCGGGAAACAAAAGUUAAAAAUAAAAAGAGGUUUUGAGAACUCUUAAAAUGUAUUCUAAUGUAUAUAUAAUUUAUGAAAUGAGCUCGGCACGGCAGUAGCACGACCUUUAAACAGGCCUAAGCUUCCGCUGAAGCAGGGGUUUUAUUUAAAUGGACGCCAACCGAAGCGUUGCGUCCACAGAACACACACGAGCACUCAUCUGAGACAUACAUGGCAUUCAUACUUCCCAAUUUGUCUUACUGUUCUAUGGUUUGGCAUUUGUGUCCAUCACAAGAUGAACAAAAACUAGAACUCUUAAACAAACGUAUCCUGAGGUAUAUUUUUAAGGACUGAAACUGUGACCCCGGGGGGUACUCCAUAUAUCCUUGGGUGGGGAGGUGUGGCCCGGCCCCUCAUACCCUGACCCUGUUUAAGACAAAAAUCGUUGAUUUUCCCACCCUGUUUAAGACAGAAUUCCGAUUUUUGAUACGCUGUUUAAGACAUUCGUAGAACAUACGCGCAGGCUGUUUAUCGUCCAAGAAAAGGUCCCCUGUUUAAGACAAAAAAUGAUAAAAUCGAUACCCUGUUUAAGACAAAAAUCCUGAAAAACAUACCCUGGCUGGCCGCACGUCCCCAUUAAGCCCUUAUAAGGGAGUACCCCCCCGGGACUGUGACUAUCAUAUGACAGUUUACUAGAGCGGGCCGAUACACCCAGCCUGGCAAAUGCGAGAAUUAGGAAUAUGAUGAUGUGUAUAUUCAAAUUCAUUAACGUUACCAACUGUCCAGCAUACCUUAAAAGAGUUAUUUCAGUUUAAAACGUUUGACUAUAGCUUAAGAGGUACGAAUGUGUUAGUCAGUCUUACCAAAACCCAAAACAACUACAUAUGGCCUCAACUCAGGUAGAUAUGCCACAGCGAGAUAUUGGAACUCGUUUGCUGAUUCUUUUGGAGAACCACUAGUCUGAAGGAAUUUAGACGUUUAAUUUUUUCCCACAGUUUCUUAAACUAGAUGUUUACUUUUAAUACCAGUUUGUGUUUUAUGCUAAUAUGUUUUUAUGAAGUGUGAUGUUGUACAAGUAAUUAAUCGGAGAUACUAGCCUUUGGCUACUCUACAAUCCAAAGUUAAAUAAAGUUAUGUACAGCUGUAUGUAUGUAUAGGUGUCUUGUAUGGAUGUCUCUAGGUGACUUGAGAUGUGAAUGAAACCUGACAAUGGGCCGCUGAAUCUGACUGUAGGCUCAUCUUUCCUUGAUUUUUUUUCUGGACUCAAAAUAACUAUCUGCUUCGGUAUUCUAAUGUGUUCUUCAUGAUUCCCGUUGCGUUCUCCUUGUUAGUACAAAGUAAGGUCACCGGUCGGAUAAUACGGACAGUAUGGUAUGUCCCAUUGGUGUCCGCAUUAACCCGUUUACACUGUAAUCAUCUCUGAUUGUUCCAAUGUGAUUAUUAUUGCAAGUAUAGUGAGUUCGUUGUUCCUCAUUGCAGGUUUAUGGUCCUCCCGGAGACCCUGGACCAAAGGGGGCUAAGGUUAGUGCUGUUGAUUUUUUUUUCUUACCAGCGUGACAUCUAACAGGCGAGGAAUGUAGACUUCCAGGAUGAAAAGAACACAUUAAUAAAUGAGUGGAGAAAAUAAUAAGUAACACAACAAAAACAGAACAAAAUUUACAUAAUUAUUUGUUGGUCGGAAAAUGCAUUCGCAUUCAGGUUGUCACAAUAAUGACGAUGAUGAUGAUGAUGAUGAUUGUGAUGGUGGUGUUGGUGAUGGUAACAAUGAUAAUGAUGCAAAUUCUAAUUUUUAUCAUUACCGCAGGGGUUCCAAGGACCACAGGGAUCGCGUGGCAAUACAGGCCCCCGAGGAGUUAAGGUACAAGUGCUACCGUUACGUGCUCAUUAUAAUAGGCCACCUCCGAGUUUCAAAAACCCUCACUUUCAAAAUGAGGCCAAGUGCACAACCUUUCUGGUUAAAAUGGGUUUUAUUUGCAUGAGAAUGAAAAAUCAUUUCCAUAUUCAAAGCUGAGCACUGAACCUCGUUUUGAAACAGAGGCCCGGGGGAACUCGGAAAUGGCCUGUUGCUUCCUGAACUUAUUUCACCAAAACAAAAAUACACUUUGAAGCUGCUUCUACCAUUUUGUUGUCGCCAUAAAAAAGAUGUUUUACUAUUUAAUUCUGUCUGCAAUAUGACUUCCAUUAAUAUGCCGUCAGUGAAACGUAAGAGUGAUAUAUGCUCUCUUACUAGGAGUUUUUGCCAAACUGGAAAAAAGAGAGCAGAAAAUUAUGUGAAGAAAAAGGCCCUAGGGUGUAAGAGUGAGGGAACGCCUGUAGUACGCUCGUUCCGGUACACCAGGCAGAUUCUGGUAUCUCCUUUACUUUGAUUGGUUUAUUUUAACAGCCCUUGUCAACACAACUCUAAGGUCCAUUACCUUGAUUACUAGAGAUACGAUGGUGAAGUGAUCGUAAUAAGCAACGCCGUGAAUGUAGAAUAUAUUAUUAUCUUCGAAGAACAAAAAAAACGUUUUGAGGCGGGAUCUGGUCAAUGGAAAAUAGGUCUUCGCAGUUUACCAUUAUAUAUUGGCUUGUAAACGAGUUCUUUUCUCUCAUCAGGAAUAAUAUGCGUAGAGUCAGCUUAUUAAACUUUUUACAGUAUGCAAGCGGUUACUCAAGUUCAACGGUUCAACAGGGUUGGAGUGGGGAAAGCGUGGAAGAAUUGACUGUCAAUUCAGAAGAGACGAAACGCGACUGUGUUCGCCCUAAGAGUCCUCAAAGCUGGCUGUCAAAAUAUUCACCUGAAUAUCUAAACAGCCCAAAGAUAUUUUUAAGAGAUGGUUUCAUGAAAAGAUACAGAUGAAUCAAUCUCGGAACAUGCUCAGUUAUAUGAAAUUUUGAGAUCUCAACGCACGUCGUCCAAAGCUAAGCGUGGAAGCUAUAGUCAUCAAAUUCAAAAUUAAUUAACAACAUUUAAAAGUUCGAAGAAAAUGAUCACAAAGAAAUGGUCGCUAGACUAUGAUCUGAAUGAAAAUCACCAGAAGAGAAAGUGGAACGUGUUUUACUAACCAAUUCUUAGGGUUUUAGAGAUGUCGUACAAAGAAAGCAACUGUGAAAGAUUUUUUUUCUCUGAAGCCAUACAUAUUUUUAAAUAGUGCCGUCUGUCACCCAUUGACAAAUGUUAAGACCGAAACCUUAGAUCCGAUAACUAUCCGACAAAGUGGGCGGAAUAACCUUUUAAAAACUAAUCCCACAGGCGUUCUCUCCCCUCCCCUCCCCCUCUCCCUCUCAAAGACUCAUCCACCUUAUUUUUUCCCGCUCUCUGACUUCGCGUCGCACUCCCCUAUCGCCUGCAAGAGGGACGUAAACACAGGACGUCCAAUUCUUCAAUCUCUUUCUGAACGAAGAUACAAUCUCAAUAAUUCGGUUCCAGAAGAAUUCUUUUACAUUUGACAAAUCGCCGAUUGAGUUGACUAAAUGGCUAGAUAAAAAAAGGAAGGCGAAAUGAACGUCUCCGCUACCGUCGUGGUAAUGUAGUCCAUGUAUCUUAAGAUCCCUCUUCGGUAUAUGUAUACAAAAACGAUAUUUUAAUAAAUUACCAGCUAUGAUUAUGAUCUGGGACUCAAGCUAAUAUUCUUUAUGUUUCGAUUGUAAAAAAGGGUUUCGGGUGCGAAGAAUCACCCGGAGUUCCGGGAAGAGGACCUCUAGUUAAUUAUUUGUGUAUCCUUAAAACAGGGUUCCCGAGGAAACAGAGGCUCUCAAGGUAGCUCAGGAAAUCCAGGACCACCUGGUCCCCCAGGACCCCCAGGAUCAGUCACAGGCCUACCAGUAAGUGUCUUUGAUACCAAGAGAUUCAAGUUUACAGGCAUACAAAUAUCACACUGCGACUGAUAGUCUGAUAGCUUAACAGCUUGUACCUGCGUCAUCAAUAUAUGUCAUGUAAGCGUCUAAUUUACUGUUUACUAUAUUUUUAGAGCAUACCCAGCUUGAAAGGACCUUUAAUUCAAGUCAAUACCGUUCCUGAUACAGGCGCUGCCAUGGCAAGUAUAAUAGUAAUAGUUGACAAUACAGCUGUCCCCGCUCUGUAUGUUGUCGGUUAAUAGACCAAUAACAAUAUUUAAAUACAUAAGUAAAUGUCAAUGAACACUCACGUAAUGCAAAAGAGUAUCGAGCUAUGACUUUACAAUUGCUGUCACAAAAUCAAUUCAAGCGGUCCCUUUGGGAAUUUUCUGUUUUGAGUUAUCCUUUACCUUUUCUUACUGUCGGGCGUUCAGCAUUGUUGAGCACUGAAACGUCAUGAUAACCGAACGAUUCCGUGCGGCCCCUGUUCAAGCAAAUAGAGAUUUUUUCUGGGACACGAACUGCAUAGUUUCACUGUAAGUACUUUUCUUUAUAUACGCGCGAGCUACUACGAUACCAGGGCCAAAUCCCUGCGGUGGCAAUUACUUAUAGUUAUGUAGCUGACUAAAUUGUAGUCGACAAUAAAGGUUUCUCAAUUAUCAGCAGGAAAAGAACGCUGAUUUUCUGGCCCCGGUUGUUCAAAAGUUGGAUAGCGCUACCCACCGGAUAAAUCACUAUCCAGCGGAUAAGUAUUAGGGAAACCAAUUGCACCAUCUACUGGAUAGAUUUUUAUCCGGUGGAUAGCGUUAUCCACCUUUUGAACAACUAGGGCCUGAUCUGUAAGUCAAAUGACAACCUUUUUUACUUCUUGUUACCAAAGGUUUGAGUUUCUCGUCUGUAGUUGAACAUGUAGUAUCCUACGCAGCCGUUUUUGUCCUUUCACGUAAAGCUCAUUCCCAAGAAGGCGAGGAUCAGCGUUGCGUGACGAGACAAAACGGCUGCGUGGAAGACUACAUGUAUUGUACAUGCAAUUUUUAAUUUUCAUUCUUUUUAUGGUCAUUUUUCAACGGCUCGCCUCGCACCCACUAAAAUGUUCUAAAUGUACUAGUACCGCAGUGGUUUUCUACAAUUGUAAAUUUUCUUUGUUGUUGUUGUUGCUUUCCACAUAAGAUCAGUACACCCGGCCAGUCAGGAGACUUGGGACCCAAAGGAUACGAGGUAAGUCAAAUUUGACCAACAAGAGGUUAGUAUAUGAGCGCUUCACUGCAGCUUCCCAAAAGCCUGAGUUUUGAUUGCAACCAGCACAAAAAGUUUAAGAUAACUGAUUAUCAUUUGGUCUGGUGUAUAAUUUUAAAACAAAUAUUAACCUUUCAAUGCAGGCGUUUAGUGCAACUUGUACAGCUUACCAUAAUAAUCCCUGCUAAAUACCUUCAUUGCGGUGAAUGCAUAUGAUGAUGAUGACAAUAAUAACAGUAAUCAUUUCGUUCAGCCUACUGGACACAGCCCACGUUUUACGUAAGGUGCUUCUCACCAGCUAGAAUACGACUCCUCCCAGAGGUUUGAAUUUACUCAUUUAUGUACUUCUUCUUUGUUUUUGCAGGGAGCCUUCGGUCUUCCGGGAAAGCAAGGAAGUCAAGGAGAAACUGGACUAAUUGUAGGAUUUUAAACUUUAUAUACACCGCAACAAUCGAUUUACAACAAAUAAGUUUGAUUAAUUAUAGACAGUCGCGCUAAACUGCAUUGAACGCGUUGACUUAAAAAGACGUCAUUGUUUUAAGGGUACUAGCCUGCGAGCAGGCUCAGUUGUAUGAGUUCGGGAAAAUUUUUUGGCGGAAGCCGCCGUCCCGUGAGGAGAAUGGGUCGAGGAAAAGGAAAGGUGCUCGCAGGCUAUCAGGGUCUUAUCCGCGGUGCCCCGACGCCAAAGACAAAUCCUGUUCUCAGUAAGCGGGACAGAUUUCAUUCAGAAGUGCUGAAAUAUAUUCCAGAAAUCAACGAAUUCUUUCCUCGUUACUUACGAUAUGCACUGACCACACGCCUCACACAAAGGGAGGAUCUGGAGUACCGGUUUGUCGCAAACUUUGGCGAUAUUGAUAUGCCUUCCAAGACCACAGACAUUCUUUGUGGUGAAGAGUUAGCAUAGCACUCUCCAUCGAUUGUGGCGAUCUCCAUUUACAUGGGUAUAAAUCGGUCCGUUCACAGCUUCAGAAACAAACUACAACAUUGUUCAAUUGCGUUUGCUAAUCGCGUUUACCGUUUUCUAAAAUUAGUCUUAUGUACCCGGCGAAAAACCUCACAAAAGAUUGAAACAAGUGUCAAAGGUACCAACUGGAAGCAAUGCAAUGACCCGAAAAGUCAUGCUCAAUUUACUUUCACUUUCUCUAAUCCUUACUAAAACACCAUAGACUUCAGUUCUUUCACGUAAUUUGGAACGCCGUGAUGGUAACCAUGUAUUAGAAUAAUGAGUUACAGGAUUAAUCAUAACUAUAACAAAAUUAUGAAAUCUGAUUGGCUAUCAGCUGUCCUGGUGUCAGCACUAAUAGGACAAUACGCGCCUUCGCACGCGCGCGCUUAAAUGGCAUUUUUCACUGCUAGCAAGAUUUCUUGUGUUUUAGUUAGAAAAAGACCUAAAAUAUCACAAAUUAUGUUAGAGUUAUGAUUUUAAUCAUAACUAUAAUUGUAAACAGAUUUUGGUGUCGUCCAAUUGGACUUCACUCAGUCCUAUUACCAUUAUUUACUAUACUCUUACUUAUCCUAGGGAUUCAAAGGACCGCAGGGAGAGAUUGGUGAGCCUGGCCCAGGUGGACCCGAUGUGAGUUAACUCUUAUGACAUUUAGGUGAAACAUCGAUAAGUGCUAAUUUUGCCAUCCGAUCUUUAUUCUUCUUCCAAUUCGAUUCCUAUAGAAGUUCGGAGUUUUUGUGAAAACAUCCCUAGUGUUCAGCUCCACGCUAUGCCCUGAAUUCUCACGGUCUCCCUUUCAUUGGCUUUUGUUGGUGAUCAUUCUUCCUAGUCAUAGUUCGGUUAAUUCGACCAUAUAUGGAGUUUUCUGUAUCUCUCGGGCACACAAUAUAGUGUAAAAAGAGUAAUACCAUGCAGUCAUAAUCAUUCAAUCAACUUCUGCCAUAGUGUCACAAAUGUUUUUGCCCAUUUAAUGAUUGCAUUAUCAAGAGAUUUUGAAGGAAGUAUUAAAAUAAAACAAGGUUAUUUUGUGGGCUAUUUGUCGUAGUAACAACCUGAAAAGGUAGAGGGAUGAACUUUUUACACUGAAUGUGUUUUCACAGACAGAGCCCGCGAGUAGCAACUUUCAUCGACGCGGACCAGUACUAACAUCGCUGUUUUCAUUUCCAACUGUCCGAUUAGCAUUGAACUUCUUAUCUUUCAAACAUUGUAUACUUUUUUUUAUCUCUUUAAGGGACCUCCAGGUUCAAAGGGAAACCAGGGAUCGCCAGGAUAUCAGGGAAUAAGGGUGAGCAAUGCUUUUGUUCACACUAACUAAAAAACUCAAAAGCUUCACAAAGGCCGUUUUAAUUUUUCUAGCUACAGACCGAAGGACGCAUUGUCCGUCCAGACGAAUAAUGCGGCUAUACCCGUUUUUAGUUUAUAAAUAAAGUGGCAUGUGUCUGGACGGACUUGGGCAAACAUUUGUAGUUCUUCUAGUUAUACGUCUCUAGUAUAAAAACGGGCAUAAGACGCAAUUUGCGUCUAGUUGAACUAUCUUUCGUAAUACGUCUUGAAUGGCGCACAACGUCUAUUGGUAUAGUUUGUCUGGAAGCACGAUCAGACGAAAAAUAAAAUGUUUACCCAGUUUGGUCCAGACGGAUAAUGUGUCUUUAGUUUAAAAACGGCAAAUGUGUGACGCUUGAGUUCUGGUUUUCCAAAAUAAAAAAAAACAGGUACUGAUGAUAUAUUCACCGAUCAGAUGUUUUAGUUCAUGUUCAUACUUACAAGGGCUCCUUAAACUAGGGCUCCCGAUAUUUCGCGCGGUCGCGGAGCAGCGAAAUUCAGGGAAAUCCGCGAAAUCCCGCGAAAUUCGGUAGAAAUCUCAUAAAAUACAUGUCUGUACAACAUAUUUGAAACUUAUUUCAGCUAUAGGGGCUAUUUACUUGCCGUAAACUUGCAAAUUUAUCCUAGAACUUCGUCACUGAAACGUGCAAACAACGUUCCGAAACUACCAGGCGUAGAUUAUGUUGCGAAAAACUGGCCACUCGCCAUGAUGUUAAAGGCUUUAUUGUUGUUGAAAGGGGAAAGAAAGGUUAGAAAAACGUUAAAAACGCUUGUCUGAUCAGCGCAAAACCAGCUGAUUUCUAGCAAAAUUUGCCUUGAAAAUAACCACAAAAUCGGCCGUUUUUUACCGAUUACUUUUUGGUGAAGUUUUCCCCGAAAACUCUCGCGAAAUUACCGUGAAAUCGGCCGAUUUUUGCGCGAAUUUGUCCCUAAAAAUCCCGCGAAAUUUGACUUUUUCUUCCGCGUCCUGUCAGAAGCCCUGUUAAACGUACAUGCUUCUUCGUAAAGACCGCUAUUUAGGCCUUCUGUUACUGCCACAAUAUUAUUUCAGGGCGUUAUGGGAGAUCCAGGUGCAAUGGGUCAACCAGGGUCUGUUGGGGCAAAAGGUCGAGAAGGUGUGACUGGACAAGUUGGAGAACGCGGCGCAGAUGGUGAACAGGUUUGUGUCAUGACUGUCUUGUGUUUAAUUAUCAACUUUUUACUCGCUAUAUCUCACCGCUGUCUUUUUCUUGGUUAAAAGCCUACAGUUAUUUCUGAAAAUAAGCGCACCAUGCGGUUGUAAGAUUCCGUUGGUGUGACACAGUUUAUCUACCAGUCGGCUUAUUUUUUUUGCUUUUGGUAUUUGGAUGAACUCCCGUGGAACUAUUUGCGUGAAAAUCUCUACGAACUGUUCUUCCGUUUUUUUCUUCUGUUUGUUAGUCGUCCAUAAAUUAUAACUAAGUGCUUGGAAAAGGAUAAACAGGACGAUACUAAACUGAUGCACAAAAUUGCUUUUAUUAAAUUUGUUGUGUGUUAAGUUUUAGGCUCCCACUUUACUUUAAGGCCGAGCUAAAGCCUCUAGGGCAGAGAAAAAUUAUUUCCGAGUUUCCUUUCACCCACCUUAAGCCUUUAUAUUACGGUGUGACGGUGCUAACUAUGGUGUGAAUGCCCCGACCCAACUUACUUGAAGUCUGUCACUUAUAGUAGCGAAAGUAUUAACAUCUCCGCGCAAAUACGACAGGUAAAUAGGUAUCUUCCAGUUCUCACAAUAACUACUACCAUUUCUUGUAGGGUUCUAUGGGGCCUCCAGGGAAGUCCGGUGUAGAUGGAUUAACCGUAAGUCUAAAUUUCACUGUGAUUUGCUCCUAUGAUUGAAGGGCUACUUUUAGUUGAAGAUUAGUCACAGGGAUUCACUCUCAUGGAUUUAUUUCCAUUAGACAGGAGAGUGGGAUUGGUUACUGUCGUCGUAGUCAACUGAAUAUAAUAACUACUGGAUAUGGUUUAGCAUGAAAAAGCCGACACUUCGCGAGGUCCCCUGACUUCUGAGCCGGGAACGAGGGCACAAAUUCCAUGACUGAUGACGCAUUACUACCCAGAUCUAGGUAUAGUGACUGUAGUGCUUUUCACUGGUUAAAGCAAUUUUUUAUCCUAGCAGAAGCACUACCCAGAUCGGAGUGGUGACGCGUUAUCAGUAUAGAAUUUCUACGCUUGUUCCUCAGACGUCGUCUCGCGAGGAAACGCGAGUGGUGUCGUCUCGAAAUGUCGGCCGAUUUCUUAGGCUAGAUAGAGGAUAUUACAUGGCCACGCGGAGAUACGAAAUUUCUCUUCGAGUGUUGAAAAAUAUGCGCUCACUCGUGAAAUAUUUUUUCAACACGAGAAGAGAAAUUUCGUAUCUCCAAGCGGCCACGUAAUGUUCUAUUUAUUAUAUAAACACCAAUGAACUACCAAACCAUUCCACUUUAAUAGUUUUUUGGUGUGAAAGGCGCGAUCUAUCAUGUAGCCAUAGCAACGGUGAUAUUUUCACCUGUGAAGGUAACAUUUCAAAGUAGACAGACUGCAAAUCAUCUUAGUCGCUAAAAAUAUAUAUAUCUACGCGUCGCAACUGUUCAUCAGUAGCAUGCCUAAAAUGCGUGCAAUUCCACAAUCGGUUUCGGCUCCAUUAAAUCCAAUACCAAUUGCAGAACAUUUUAGGAGGAGCCACCCACCAUGUGAGCACAGUCACGGACAAUGUAUAAGUGAGGAAAAUAACGCAAAGUAAAAUUAAGACGUUAAUAAACGAACUAAAUGUACACGUCAAUUAAAUAAAUAAACAAAUAAUGCGCGCGCUCAAAAUAAAAUUGUACGCGCACACGUACCGAGAUACAACUGAAAUACAACUCUAUCCAAUAAAUAAGCAGUGUAAGGAUACGAUGGUGCAAUUCAAGCCUGGAUUGCUAAUCUCAUCUCCCGCAGGGCUGCACCAUACUUCUCGACGAUAAGACUAUGGCGACUGAAGAAUUUAUUAAAUGAUUUUUGAAGUAGAUUGCGCGCGAAAGCUAACCUGGUAUUUCGUUGGUGUUUAUAUAAUAAAAAAGGUUACUAUUUAUUACAACUUGUCAUUCUUAAGUGAAGUGGCGAACAAUUUGAAACUUACCAUUGGUAUUCUUUAAGCGCUUAAAGAUCCUUUUGCCUUGCUAGCCUACUUAUACGUAUCUUGAUGACUCUGAGACUUCAAAUUUAUAAUUGUCGUUCUUUUUAAAUCAGCGUCACCUGACCUAUUUUCCAGCUUCGAUAAGUCGGAGUAUGCGCGCGAAUUAUAUUUGCACAAACUGAAUAAAAAAAAACUGCUAAAGGGCACUUUUUUUUGCAAAGCGAUCUACAACUCGAAGAAACAGGGGGAUUUAGACAGCCGAAGAUAGAACAUUUUAAGUAGCAAACUAUACCAAUGUAAAGAUGCUAUGUAACCCUAAAUCUCAAAGUAUCAUUCUCUAUUUCAGGGUAUGAAUGGAAUUACGGGUGUCAGUGGACUUCCUGGUUAUGCCGGUCCACAAGUAAGGAAAACUAUUGGUUAGCUUAAGCAAACACGUUUUUGAGCGACGCUUGCCAACCCGUUUUUACCGGAAGUGGUCCUUUUUCAUUCAUUAGCAGUGCUUUAGCCCGAAUUUCCGGCCAAAUCGUCUCGAUAAGAAGAAAGAAGCUUAUAUUUUAGCAAUACCAAAUUGGUAGCGUCAAGUCAUAUUAUACAGUCCCGUGCAAACGGACGCAACAUUGUUGGCCAACAACUCCCAACAUUGUUGGAUGUUACAUGUUGCGUCCGUUUGCACACCCUGUUGCAUGUUGUUGGAUGUUGUUGCGUGUUGUUGCGCAAAGUUUGAAACCGGUCAAACUUUUCAGCCAACAACUCCCAACAUUUCUUUUGUUCCGUGAUCGCCGAAGCGUAGCGCAACAAUGUUGGAUCCGUUUGCACAGCUCUUCCAACAUUGUUGGGGCCACGCACGCUCAUUACGCAUGGUUUACAAAGACUUAUAGGUUGUAUCCUUCCCACGAUGCACUGUAGGUCCCAACAUUGUUGGGAGUUGUUGCAUCCGUUUGCAGACCACUGCCAACACGCACGCAACAACUCCCAACAUUGUUGGCGCAACAAUGUUGUUGUGGCAUCCGUUUCCACGCAGCCUAUCGGAAAAGGCGUCGGUUCCUGUUGACGUGCGUCGCUCAGAAACGCCUUUCCUAAGAAGUAGCUUUUAACUUCGGUUUUUAAGAUGUACUGGAAACAGACCAGCGCCAAUUUGCGGCUUUUUUGCCAGUGCUGUACUAUUUUUAUGGGACUGGCUAUUCAAUGAUUUGACCGGUCAAUACCUUUUUUAAACGGACAUUUAAUACUCAUUUACCGGCAGGUAUUUCAAGCCCUACGAAUUGUGGAAAAAAACCUUAAGUGUACACCAAUAAGAUGGCGUUCUCCCUUCGUCCGAAAAGAAGGCUCAAACCCUUCACAGUGUUCUUUUGUGUCAUGCGCCACAUAAUUGCUAUAAACGCAGUUUCAUAUUCUAAUCUUUAUAAUUGUUUGCUUCUUAGGGACUAGAGGGGAAAGAGGGACCGGUCGGCUCAGCAGGUCCUCAGGUAUUCAAAUAAAUAAAUGAAUAAUAAAUAACGAUUCAGAUGUAGCACAUCCACUUAGUGGUUCUUCGUCUGCCCUAGCUGAUUCCUGGUCGAAUUGGAAUUUGGAAUGUUGAUUUUCAGGAGAGGAGAGGAGAAAAUCGGAGUACCGGAGAAAAACUUCUCGGAGCAAGGGAGAGAACCAACAGCAAACUUAACCCUCAUAUGGCGUCGACGCCGCAAAUUGAACGCGGGCCACUUUGGUGGAACGCGAGUGCUCUCACCACUGCGCCAUCCUUUGUCCCUCCCUUCAAAUGAUCAUCUAUUCCAUUCUUAUUGCAAACUGAAUAAGGAAUAGAAAAUGUGGGAAGAGAAAACGAGAAUGAAGUAAAACCAAUGGUAAAACUUGUAUUGUCAAUAAAAUUGUUUACCCCAACAAACUGGUUUUAUUUGUUUAUUUAUCUGAAUCUGCUAGGGCUAUAAAGGCGCUGUGGGCAGCCCUGGGACACCUGGUAAUCCCGGAAUCAAAGGGAGCCCAGGUCAGAACGGGGACGCAGGCCCAAUGGGAGAUGUUGGACCUCCCGGUGAACCUGGAUCUGUGGGAAUUCCUGGAGAAGACGGAUCUUUAGGAUUGCUGGGUGUUCCUGGCAAACAAGGAGAAGUCGGAGACGUGGUAAGUUUGCUAAAGCAAAUUUGCUCCCUACAAAUAUGUCGCAAAAUUGUAAAAUGUGAUGAGUGAAUCUGGGGCAAAGAUGGUACAUGCCACAUUUAGUUAUUUGCACCUCCAGUUUUUUGGUAUGCAAAUGUAGCAUUUACCAUCUUUGCCCAAUAUUUACUACGCAGUUUUUACAUUUUUGCGACAUAUUUGCAAGGAGCAAACUUGGGCAAAUCCAAUUUUCGUCUAGCUUUUUACUUAGCUGUGUAUUUUACGGAAGAAAAGUAACAAUGGAUUGCCUUUAGGGAGAUGCUGGAGAAGGAGGACCAACUGGAAGCCAAGGAACCAAGGGAGCCGCGGUAGGCCGAAAGUGUUAAUUUGUGCACGGUCUUAAUUGUAGUUGAGUAACUAUGAUUAUAUAUGACAAUUCAUGCAUUCGAACAGUGAGUGUAGGUUUUUCCACUGUCUAGCACCCACUUUAUUUCGUAACCACUAAUAGUAAUAUAGCCUGAAUUUUAGCGGUCUUCACAAGUCGCUCAGACGUCUCUCUGGGGAGUUUGCGACUCGAGGAGACGACUAAAAUUCAGGGUAUUAGAGUGUGCUCGCAAAUAAUCCUUCACGUAAUUUAAAUCUAAAAAUCAUGACUGACACCGAUUAACUCCAGCUUCCGCUAUAAGUAAAAUUUCUAUAGCGCCCACCCAGUACCGCUCGACUAGGCACUUAAUGCAAGAGUGCAGUGAAAGAAAGAUAUGCUUUUAAGAGGUAAUGUAUAAUUAUACUGAGAUGUUUUAUUUCAAACUGACUUAUUUUAUUUUUAUUGGAAAGGGACUGCCCGGAGAUUCUGGACCAUCUGGUGCGAAAGGUGGACAGGUAAGGAGAGACUCUGACAAAAAGUUCAACCAAAAACCAUAAACCUCUUAAAUUUCGAGACUUUUUAUAGAGACAGAUAUAUAUAUAGUCCACAAGGGUCAAACUGACGGUGUGGUUUGUCGUCAUUCAUGCUAGGGUUCCACGCUGUUGAUGCAGAUAUCAUUUUUUUGUUUCAGGGUGAAAACGGAAAACCAGGGGUAGCAGGACCGAACGGUCAACAGGGACUGUCGGUAAGAUGAUUAUUGAAUCAGUGGCUUUGUGACGAGGAGAUUGCUGUUUCAGGUCAAUUCUGUGCUGAAAUUAUUACUUAGUUAGCGCUGCUCUUGUCGCCCGCAAUAACAAUCCUGGACCAUUACUUUUAGACUUCAGUUAAUGCAAAGACAAGUUUAGCUGUUUUAAAAGAUAGCAAAUAGCAUGACAUAGCCACAUUUAAUAUGGCCCGCUAGAGUUCAUUUCAUUCAUAAUAGAGAAAACAGUCUCGGAUUCGUAGUAAGAAAAGAUACUUAAUGUGUUUGUUUACCAGUUACUUAUGUUGUCCUAAUUCUUGCUUGUCUCAAGGGUCUGGCCGGAUUUCCCGGAAGCCGUGGUGAACAGGGUUCCCGUGGCAAAACGGUAAGGAAGUUUUGGCCGCUAAUCUAAAUUAACUUGAACGCCCAAUGGUUCUAUUUUUACCACUUCGAUCUGAGUGGAUUAAGGUGGGAGAGGGUGUUAACAUCACGUAAUGUCAAGAUCCAUUUAAGCGUUGGGCGAUUUUACUUUAGUAUUUCCUUUGACAAGACUUGGUUAUUAUAUUUCAUUCUCAUCAUUUAAUUAUUUAGUAUUUAUCUAUUUAUUUUCGUUUUAACAGGGAGCUCGCGGUGGCACAGGAAGCCGAGGCUUAGCUGGGAUACCAGGGAGACGAGUGAGUACAAUUUAUGCCCAGAUUGGAAAACACUUAGUUCCUAUGUUCAGAUGGUACUUGUACAUGAACAACAUGCUGUUCACGAAUGCUGUUGUCCUUUCUUGAAGACAUUUUUUCUCUCCUGAAAGCAAUGGAAACAAAAAGUAAAGUAAAUUUCAGCACAUACCGGAAAGAUAUGGGCCGGGUUUACUAAAACUUUGAUGGGUCAAAUAUGACAAAAGCAACAGCUUCCGCAAGAAUCAAGCUUCCCCCUUCCUCCUUUUUUGCUACUCUUAUGUCUGGCGUUUUGGUCUGUUUGCAAGCUAGUUCUUUUGGUUAAUUGCCAAUAAAAUUUGUUUUGACAUUUUCGUUUGGCAAACAAAAGCAUUUAGCGUGCAAGAAUGCCUCUGCUUUGAUAUCUUGUGAAGCAAAACAAACAUGUAAGUGUUGCUUUUUUUUACAGGGAGCUCGGGGUGAAGAGGGAUUCGGUGGCCUUCAGGGACCACAAGGAAUGGCGGUAUGUAUUUUAACGGUUAUUAUUAUAUCAUUUAUGUAUUUUUUAACUUCAACUAUAUUACAACAGAUCAUAAAAGCAAAGGAAGUGGCUGAAGCUAUUUAAAGCGCGAACAACUACUCAGACCUGGGUAGUGACGCGCCAUUAGCAUGGAAUUUCUGCGCUCGUUUCUCAGACGUCAUUUGGCGGGAAACCAGUGGUAGCGUCGCCAAAUGUCGGCUGUUUUCUCAGGCUGCGUCGGGUAAAGCGUAUGAACUAUCUUAACCAAUUUCUUACUUGUAAGUGAAGUUUCUAGGAAUGACCCGUUUCUUCAAAAACAUAACUUAGUCAUUGUUUGUAACCUCUAUAGGGAAUAACAGGAAAGCGUGGCUCAAGGGGGACCAGAGGUGAACAAGGCGGUCAGGUAACGUUUGUCAAAUACGUUUUUGGAAGAAAUUUAUGUUUCAAACGCUUCUUUCAUCGCCCAGUUCAUAUUAUACUUAGAUGCAGUGGUCUGUUCUUACAGGGAGAACCUGGACUACAAGGCCCGUUAGGAGUGGCUGGAGAACGAGUAAGAAAAUAUGUCUAUCUUCUUUAUAUAUUACUUAAUGUGCUUAAAAGGGCUUUGUUACUGUUGCUUAUAAUGCCAACCACACGUCCUUAUUCUCUACAGAAAUUGAGGAAUUACUUGUGAAUGACAAAAUUACAGCUUCGUGCCAAACAAAUAUGUCUUCCAAGCAUUAUAUCAAACUUUACAAAAAAGUAAACUCUGAAAAUUUUUUUAGGCUAACAUGUGUUAAAAAACCACAAUUGUAAUCCGUUUUAAUCUUCCUCGAGUUUACCCUUCCGUUUCUCCUUUUGUAUUCGCUGUGAUGUUUACGUGUUUGUCUCUUGUUUUGAGCAUUUAUUUUUUAUGUUUCACCCAGUUUGGUGGCAGCUCCCACUGUUUUUUGAAUUUUGAUUAAUUUGCGACGCAACUCCGUAAAGGAGGGGGGAGGGGUGGGUGGAAAAAUACCCCAAAGCACUACCUUUUCUUACUGAUUGAUCGGUUGAUUCAUUUAUUGUCUAGAUGUGUCCAUCUCGUUACUUUUGAUAGACUGAUGGAUUGAGUGGGGGCGACGGGGGGGUGCUAAAAGUGUAUAACACUUCUGAAAAUGGUAGCAAUAAUACAUUGUCUUGUACACAUGGCAGUGUAUUAUGAUACUCACAGUGGUUUCACAAAUGCUACCCCAGGUGAGGUAAUAUUUUAUUAUUAAUUAUUAUUUAUUAGGGUCGCGAGGGACGUCCCGGACUUGCUGGAAAGGUUGGACUAUCAGGUGAUGAGGUAGGAGUUUAGAUGGAUGAAAUGUUUUUGUAUUUCAAACACCCGGAUACGUAUAAACUGGUGAGUGUCAGGAAUUUUCCUGCCAAUAAGCAACUCAUAAUCAUUUUAUGCUGUUAUAACUUUGUUUCUCUUAUAUGUGCUGUAUUAUUAACAUUGCCUUAACGACGGGAGUAACCACAGUUAAAGACAAAGACAAAACAAAGCAAAGCAAUAAAAGAAAACAGUUACUGAAACAUUUAACAUAGCUGAUAUUUACUCCAAGACUUAGUUAUUUUGAAAAAGCCUAGGUCAGCAAUAUUUGUGAGCAAGAUACUUUUUUUUCAAUUUGUUAACAGGGUGAAAAAGGAGACGAUGGAUUUCCAGGAGAGCAAGGUGGAAUGGUAAUAAUGUCACGGCCAAAUAAUUUUACUCGACGGUGGAGCUGAGUUCUUCAGCUUUAAAGAUAAAACUAGUAAACAAUUGCCCAUAUGGUGUUGGGUGGUCACAGGCAAGAAAAAACACAAAAUAUAUCAUGUCACGCGAAAACGUGUUUUGUUGUUUACUUGUCCUGAGCGACGAAUAGUUAGGCAGUUUCCCAGCAUCAUAUAUGCCGUACUGAUCCAAGUUUCUCAUACAUAGGAGCUCCGAGACGUAUAACAGCCCACCCUCAGAAUACAGCAAACAACAAUUAAACGUAAAAGGCCUCAACAUGAAGAAAAGCAGCUGUCAUUGUUUUCAAAUCAUAUUCUUUUAAAAUCUAAUUUAGAUAGGUAGAUGGUAAAUAGUGAUUUAGCUCACGUAAAUACCGAUACUGAAGUUGUCCAUCUUAUGCUUUGAAGCUCAGAUACUGGCGCAUGAUAGGUAUUGAUACUGCCUGCAUGUUUUAUCUUCUCUUUUAAUGUUCACGCUUAAACCACAAAUUUUGCGGUAUUGAAAAGUAAAUAUCAAGGCAACACUUCCAUGAUCACCCCUACUAGCACUACGCCUCUUUAAAAACUUGACCUUGCUCAGUUUCACAUUCAGAAUGUUCAACAAUCUUGUGCCUUGAGAAAACAGCUGUUUUUAUUUAUUUAUUCACUUACUUAUUGUUUAUUUUUAGGGCCUCCCGGGAGAGCGUGGUGUUGUCGGGCCUGUUGGUCAGAAAGGAGUGCAGGUAACGAUGAUGCCAAAGUACCGUUCAUCCCCCAUUGAGCGGCCACCAUCGGGGUACCAGCAAAUGGCCGCUUAAAACAUCACUUUAUUUUGAAAUAUACGGGCGGGGGGAGCAGUAUUACUGGUCCGCAGUAGGUCGCCACCUUCUAUCUUGGACUGUAUUUUCCUUUAUCACAUAAUCAAAAUAUACUAAAAAGGCAAACUAAGUGUAUCAAGCUCUUGAUGGCCGCUUAAUAGGGAUGACAACAAUAAGAGAACUCUCGUUAGGACGGCCAAAACGUCUCCGAAGCCGCUUGAUACAGGUUUAAUUUACCAUUCUUUUCUACAAUUAAAUCGUGACUACGAUUACUGACCGAUUAAUAGAAGUUUAAUUUAAAAUUCUUUUCUGCAUUUAUUUUGGGACUUCGGUUACUGGCCGCUUAAUAGGUGGCUGCUUAAUGGAGGUUAGAUUAUCUUGUAAGUUCUUGCUUACUUUCUUCAUCCGACCAUGUUACACUGUGCUUUUUUUUCUUUGCAACUUUUCGUAUUUUUUGUCACGUUUUAGAAUACUUUAUCACCCCUAAGAGUUAUAUAACUUCUACCAUUAUGCGCAAAAAAGUGUAGAUAAGUUGCAGGAAUAAUUACCUUGCAAAAGAGCGACUUUCUCCUUUAAUAGCUGGAUUUUCUAAGACAGAAACUAAAGAAAAUCAGUCUAUUUAUAAAAAAAUUCCGCUUACAUCAUAGGGCCCUGCUGGAAAACAAGGAAUAGACGGUGAAAUGGGACAAAUGGGAGAAAAGGUAUUACCACACAGCAUGAGGAAGCUGAAUGUCUCAACUUACAUUUACCUUGACCAUGGUAUUUGUCCGAGACACUGAGAGGAUGUUGUGUGUUGGUUUGAUGGAUGUAUCUCCAAGUACAUAUUAUUAUAUACUUAAAAGUGAAGGCAAGGCUGAUCGGACAGCUAAGGUUUACAAAUUUAUUUAAGUGUUAUUUUAUAAUGCUGAUCCUGAUCUACGUUAAGAUCCGGCUUUCCUCGCCGCUGUUUGUCCAAGUGGUCCUGCAAGAAUUGUUUACAUAUUAUUAUCACAAUCAUCAUCAUCAUGAUUUUCAUCACAUCACCACCAUCAUCUACCUUACAUUUACAUAAUUAUUUAUACAUCCUACCGAAAAUGAGGUCUGCUGUAUUCAAAGACCACUAAAGCAAGAUUGAAGUCUUUUUUAAUACGUUUAAAGAUAAAUUUCGAAAAACGUAGAAUAAAAACCAUUGACACAAUUGAAAGGCUUCUUAUCGGGUACAGAAGAUAGAGUUUUUGCCAGCCUCUGUCCGCCUUCGGCUUUCACCAUUUACUUCUUCAGAGGCUAAAUUAUGAUCAGGAGAGUAAAUAUGAGCAAUGAAUCUUGAAAUUUAACAAGCGUAAAUACUGAGGCGUUAAACCAGAGGUUUAGAAGGUGACCUGUAAAGGCAAGGUCGUUAACACUUGUUGAUCGUCACUCAAUCUCUUCUUGCUCGCAAACGAGAGGAAAUAGUCUGGUGAGAGAAACAAUUUUUGUGGCCAUAAAUGAUCUCUAAACCUCUGCAAGGGAGGGUAGUAUCUUAGCCGACAUCUUACGAGUUCAAAGAUUCGUUUGUUUAAUUUAGGGAGAACAAGGCCCUGUUGGAGGUGAAGGUGAACAAGGACCUCAAGGUGGACAGGUUAGAAAUGCAAUGAAAAAUGGUUAACGAAAAUAGAACGGAACUCAUGUGUUUAUAUGGUUUAAGAAUUACCAUACGCAGUUUUUGUUUGUUUGUUUUUUUUUCCGAGUUUUCAUGUUCUUUCCACACAUAUUUCGUUUAUUUUUACUCAGACAGUAUUUACGUGGCUGCGCUAUGCUGUAUAUUCAAGUGUUCAUUGACAUGAUGUUACUGCUCGAUGCAGUCGUUAUAUUUUAGCCUACUAUAUUGACCUGCUCAUCUCUAGAGUUCCCAUUAGUGCAGUGUCUAGAACAUCCCACUAGUGUCAAAAAGAUCGUGGGUUCAAGUCCCAUCUGGAACUCAGGCCCCAGUUGUCCAAACGUUGGAUAGCGUUAUCUAGCGGCGCCGGGAUAACUCACUAUACAUGAGAUAAUUAUUAGGGAAACCAAUUGCGUCAUCCACUAGAUAGAGAUCUAUUCGGUGGAUAGCGUUAUCACCUUUCGAACAACUGGCGUCUCAAGGUUGCUUUAAUUGCGGAACGUUUUUGAGGUUUCACGUUCUCUUCACAUUUACCAUUCUAUUUAUUAUUUACACUCUUAAAAGCUUGCAAAAGUCAAACGUCUACGCAAUAGGGUAGCUUCCUCGCGAAACGGCCAAUCAAAUAUUAGGAUUGUGUGUUUUCAGGGCACCGAUGGAAGCACAGGUCCUCCCGGAUCAGACGGUGACGUCGGCGAAAUGGUAUUUUAAGAUUAGAUAGUGCAAGAUUUGCUUGCAGAGUUUUUUGCUGGUCCUCUUUUGUUACAAACUGUUACAGUGUACCUUUGUAGAUAUUUUACCCUAAGUCGUGAUAUAAUUGAAAAUUAGGGAGACUGUGUAACGUAUGUACUCCGGAACAACAAAUGAGUUUUGUUUAUUACUAUUUGUUUUCUCUUGUGCUCCAUCCGCCUAUAGUGAAGGUUAGAAAAAUAUAAAAAAAAAUGGCGGAUUAACGAACCAAUUACUUAUUCAGAAAGUGCUUCACUGUGGUGGAAGUAUUUCGAUGCCGAGAAAGUUAAGUAUACUGAGGUAUUAGUGUCAAGUGAGAUACCUGAAGUUCUAUUUGUUAAAUUGACAAUUCAAUCCUUUACUGAAAUCAUUAUUUUCUUGACAGGGUCCUGCUGGAGUUGAAGGAGAUCGUGGAUCUGUGGGAUAUACUGGCCGAAUGGUACAUUAUACCAUUUUUUUUCUUUUUGGAAGACUACAGGAGGUAGCGCGGGCGUAGCGGUUGGAGCGAAUGAACUGCAAUCCGGAGGCCUUGAGUUCACCCCUCGCCCUAAUCGAUGGCUGGAUUUGUGCAUGUUCUUGGAAGUUCCGAGUUCAAGUCCCUCUAUCGCGCUUGUAAAUAGCCAACUGGUUUGCCUCCGGCCAGUUGGGAUUCUUAACCUCGUAAUGUUUAUCUUAAUUAUUUGUUUCUGUCCUUAUUUGUGGGCAAUUAUGAAAACUACUGGGCUACCAGUAAUUAUGUUUGUAUUACCGCCAUAAAGUCAUUUCUGAAAAAAUUCCUCGCGAUGUAUAGAUUACCGGCACUUAAAUACAACGAAGGAAGAUGAGACUGUGAUAUUCUCUUGAAAUGUACUUUUGAUAUCAUGCAACAAAUGUUCGGCAUCAAUUCUUUUUGUGAAGGGACUUGCAGACAUACAACAGGGUCUACUUUUUUUGAUAUAGGGUUCAAAAGGCAGCUCUGGUGCGGACGGAAUUGCAGGAAAAAGGGUUAUUUUUUACUCAUAUAUUUAUAGAUAGUACAUUUAAUAUAUAUAUUUUUAGACCAAACUGAAAAAUAGGCAGGCCGAAAAUUUUUUUUUUUAAGACCGCCCGCCCCCUUAUCUCGCGGUCUGGAUGACAGCCCCCCUCCCCCCAUUAUCUGAAGGUCUGUAUCUGUAUCCGCCACUACAUUUAGGUUUAGGCCAAACCGGCUAUCACUUCUCUCUAAGUAUUCUUACCUAUGGAACUAUGUGCACGACAAUAUUGUACGUUUAUCAUAAUUGGUUUACAUAAAUUACAAUCACUAACACUAUAUUACUCAGUUACGUUUCCGAAGAUGUCUAAGGGACUUAAGUCUCCAACAAUGCGCAAAUAUAUUUUUCACGCUGUAUUUGGGCGAAUGUUGCUGCCCUGCAGUAUACAUCAUUCCGUGAAUUAGCCAUCAAUAACCCCUUAAACAGACCAAAGCCAAAACACUGACACAGGGUUCUAUGCCCUUUACUGUUUGCGGAGGCCUCUGGGUUCUCUAAUAGGCGUAGAAGACCACACCCACAACUUGUUUGGUUUCGGUGCACAUUGUUGCUGUCACCUCACUCACAAUUUCUUAAUCACAGUCAGCAUAAUCUCAUCUAUAUAUUCGCCCCAAUUGUAACGGAAUCCGGGAAAUUUUUUCUUUUGGAAUCCAGAAUCCUGGGCUUUGGAAUCCGGAAUAGAGCACCGGGAAUCCCAGAGUCCCACUAACUAAAAAUCCUUAAUCCAAGUACCACUGACACAGAAUCCGGAAUCCACUGUGUGGAAUCCAAAAUCUAAGACUGUCUUGAAGUCUCUUAGAUGGGUGGAAUUUGUCUAUUAGACACCCUGAUCAGUGCUCCUGUGGGGUCUGACUCGAUGCGACAAACCCCGCUCAGCAGACCGGCGUAGACCAACUGAACUAUUAAACGACGGACACUACUUUCUGGUGUCGUUUGAGAAUAAACUAUUUGCUUUUGUAUUGUAAUUGUUUUUUAUUUUGUGCUUUUAGGGAACGGGAGGUAUCCCUGGUGUCAACGGAGAAGAUGGUGAACAGGUUAGUGUUAGCUUUUUGUGUUUGGUAUUUGGUGUUAGUUUUUUUGGUAUUCGGUUUCCACAGUUACUGCCCUCGUAGUUUGGCGAAAAAUAUUUUAAACAGAAAUUUUCCUAAACUAUAGCUCAUCACUCAUAUUUCCAGUACAAGAGCUAAAUGUACACCCGCAAAUGUAAAGUCGGGCCGUUCAUCGGCACAACAACAAAAAAAUAUGCACUGUGAUGAACUGUAGUGGGUACUAUUUAGAAAACCGACAAUGUGUGCUUUAAAGGUUAAACUUUAUUUUUAGUACGUAAUAGUACUGCAUGAGAAAUACACUUUUAAAAAGGAAGAAUCAAAAACGAGGAGCGUUUUAUCCAAUAUAGAAUAUCCGAUAACUCUUGAAGAAGUGCAAAGGUGAAAUUUGCAAAUUUCAUGUUAGUUAGUAUCCCUUGUCAGCAGCAUUUCAAUUUAGGUUGCCGGGAAACUGCCCACCUACCCCUCCCCUAAGCUAACAUUAACACUUACUUCUCACGUAAGGAAAAAUGAUUGAUGGCUUAGGGAAGGGGUAGGUGGGUAGUUUCCCAGAACCCUAAAUUGAUCCUUAGGAGCAACGCUUUAUGAAUUACUAUUAGCUUUUGAUGAAAUAUUUCUCUGAAUAAAGGGCCCAGUAGGAGAGCAAGGAGAACAAGGAGACCAAGGCAAAAUGGGCGAUUCUGUAUGUAACGAGACCAUAAUAUAGUAACAAAGUUUAUUUAGUAACCUAGGCUUGGCCAAGUUACGGUUUGUGGCCAAUUGGCCCCAUUGAAAUAAUAGCAAAAACGUUACCAGAUUAAAAUGAAAAAUGAAAUAAAAACGAAAAGGAAUGUGUUAUUGCAUUGUUUAACCAAUUUAUGGCUUUUAGCAGUGCAACGUCAUUACUGGCGUCUCCGGUUUUGUCUGGUAACUAUUUGAUUACCCCUUGAAAAACAUACCUCGUCUGUGUAAGUUCUUUAAUUAAAGUAUAUUCAUGUGCUUUAUUAUUUCCCAUCUGGGCUGAUAUUACAUUAAUUAUAAGUUGCAGGUGCUAGACAAACUAAUUGAUCGUUUAUUUGAUAGCAGUAUCCAAUAGAGUGUGGUCAAUACCAUACCAGUUGACGCUAACAACCGUAUUGUGUAUUUCAAAAUAGUUGCCCAGUUCGAAUGCAUCUUAAGAAUUUGAAAUAACUUUAACUUUGAAACGAGACGGUUGGGGACAAUCAUCGUGACGAAAAGGAUAACUAAAUUUGCGAUCAUUUUAAGGUUUUUGCUCUGUCAGCCUUUUUGCAUCCGUUAUGACUCAUAACGGAUGUAUGAUACAGGCACACUUAUGUCCCGUUCUUACUUUACUGUAUGUGCUGUUCGAAGCAAAACCCGGUGACUUAGGGUAUGUGUGUCAGACAGAAAUAUCGUUAAAUUUUAGUUCAAUGUUUUUACCUUACAAUUUUGUAUUGAAUAGUUGUUGUUGUUUUGUUUUUGUAAAUAUAUUUGCAGGGCCAAUCAGGACCUGUUGGUGAAGCUGGGGUUCGGGGAUCGCGAGGAACAACUGUACGUGACUAGAGUUUGUUGUAUUAAACUAUUCUUCUCUUGACAUAUCUGAUUAUAAAAUACAAUACAGUGGCUGAUUCAGUUUUUCAAAUAAGUGGGGUCCCGUUCGUCCGGUCCCUACGAUAGGAGGUGGGACAAGCUUUGAAAAAUAUUUUUUCUGGUCCUGCUGGCGUCGGUUUGGCCACGAAGUUUAGAUUUACUUCAAUUUCUCUCAGGAUGAUGCAAACAAAAUUCGAACUAGUGGGAAGUCAGGAGCAAAGAUGAUAAAUGCCGCAUUUGCCCGCGAAUUUACAUCCCUAUGUAAGACAACGGAUGUAAAUGCAGCGUUCACCAAAUUUGCUGCCUGAUUUCCCCCUAGUUUGCACUUUUCUGCAUCAAAUUUAACCCAGGCAAAUUUAAUGCAAAUCUAAUGGGUGGCCGGGCCUCUCGGGGUCCCUCCCCUAUAUCCGCCACGCAAUAUAUAGAGCCUACGGCAGGCGGGCAUAGUCAGGAUACUAUCCACGCUUCAACGUGUUUCCUACAUAAAUUUUUGUUGUUGUUGUUUUGUAGGGUGUAACCGGCCCUGCUGGAGCUGUCGGUUCUGCUGGAGCUAAAGGAGAAAUAGUAAGCCUCAAUUUUCUUGAAACUUUUACAUGAAUAUUGAUGUCAGAAUAGAUUAAGCAACAUUAUUUGCUGGCCAUUCAGAUAUUUAAGUACAAUAGUAAAAAACUUUAUGAUCGACGUCGUCUCAUUUUCGUUGCUGUAAAUUACUUAAUGAUUAAACCCUGCACCGUUUCGGUUUCCAUUCAAUCAUGAUUCACCUUUUUGACAUAGAAUGUAGUACCACUGACUGUAGUAUUAAUAAGUUUCAAAUCAUGAGAGACUUGAAUUGCUUUUCUUUCAAACUGUGUUUUGUUUUCCAAUUUUAUAUAAAGUUUGCAGUUAGAUAUAGCUCUUUCUCACAUAAAGCCAUACUUUCAUGUUGAAAUUGAGCACUCUACUAGGAUGAGUCAUGACCGCAGCAUUGCGCAUGCUCACUAUUUUGAUCAGAGCAAUACAAAUACGGUUAUAGUUCACUUUAGGGUAUUUCGUUUAUUUGUUUUUCAUUUAUUCACUUAUUUGUUUUACUCUUAUUCUUAAUUUUUAUUUAUUUUUCUGUUCAUUACAGGGAGAACAAGGAAUAGAUGGCAGGAUUGGUAGACGAGGUACCGACGGAAAGCAGGCGAGUACAUGGAUUUUUUUUAGCGAUUUUCGUUUGACCUUGAAAAUGCGGGGUGAUAACUGGAACCACAAUUGAUAGCUGCGAGCAAUUUUUGUUUCCGCUCAGAUCAUUUCUAUACAGUUUUAUCCUCAAUAACUAGAACUAUGAACCACUAUUGAAAAGUCGAAUAAAGCAGUGAUUUUUGCAGUUUCCGUUCAAUUUAUUAUUUCCAAACAACCGUUUAUCUUUGAUAACUCGAACCAUGUUUUAAGCGCGUGAAAAGUCGGAUAAAGCAGUGAAUUAACUGCAGUUCAAAACAUUGAAUUUAUUGUUUCAAAACAACCGUGUAUUCUUUUUCUUGACAAUUUUGUCAGUCCAAUUUAAAUGCAAUGUUUAAUCAAUAACUGAUUUUUAUUAUUCAUUAUUUUAAUUCCUAGUUUAAUCAAAAUACGCAAUAUCUCCAUCGAUCCAUCGACGGUCAGUUCAUCUUCGAUAGUGUACGUUUAAGUUUGUCCAGAUCCACAAAUAUUCUCCAAAUAGCAGGUGUCGCCCUUCGAGUUGUCUUCUUGCUGUUCUUGCCAUGUUUUUACCUAUUUUUUCGGCUAGUUCUUACUCUUGAAACGAGUGAAAUGUCCGCCAUUUUUUCAAGUUCACGACUAAAACAACUCAGCCUCGUCCCCAGGUCUUCUCGGUUAACGGUGCCUUAACCUGCGAAAACGCUGCAUUUUUGACGUCAUUUUCUCGUUAAAGUCAAAAUUCUUCCAAAUUUGGUCAUCAGUAACUGGUUAUGGUGAAUUAAACGUGUGCUUUUAGCCAAUCAGAAUCGGGGAAAUAUUUUGAAUGAAUAAUAAACAACGUUUAAUCAUGUACUGAUUAAUUAAUCUUUGUCUUUUAAUUCCUUUAAUCAAAAUAGCAAUAUAUAUAUUGCCGCCCUGGACGUGAAGUGUGCACGAUACUUUCAUUCCUGCCCCAUCCCAUUUCCUUAUUUCUAGUUAUUUGCUUCGAACUCCCGAUAACUCGAAUUCCCUAUUCCCAGAAGUCGGCUGUAGUUAAAAUGAUCAAAACAUCGUUUUGCGGUCAAAAAUAUCCCUAAGAUGAAAAGGCAUCGUUCAAUUGUCCCAUCGGCAGCCACGUAUCUGCAUGUUGCCCCAAGUUAUGGAACAAGUACAUUUCAGCACUUUUUCUUCAGCGGGGAAUGCGUUGCGUUCUACUUAGCUAACCGAAAGCGGCCCACGUUUAUGCCUCUUCGACAAACCAAUCAUAUUCUUAUAUUACUGUUCAGUGGUUGUUUUAUGUUUGACGUGCGCAGGCAGUCAUUUAAAGGAGAAAUAGAGACCAUUCUAAUGAAUCUGAAUUUAAAUCAGUGAACUAAUGCUGAUUUAUUGCCUUACGUAGGGCUCUAGAGGGGAGCCUGGCGAACAAGGAGAAGUAGGACCUUCUGGAUCUCCCGUAAGUGCAAUAUAAGUUAGAUAUAUCAGGUCAAACAAGGGGGACGAAGUACAGUCAGCUCCCUUUAUUGCGGACACUGUAAGGACCUCGAGUUAGUGUCCUCAUUAGCGAGAGUCCGUAAUAGCGGGAGUUUAUUUCAGUCGUCCGUGUAAUCGAGGUGUCCUUUAAACGGGUGGACCAGUUGAGUAUUGACCAAGGACAAGAUAGGGAGUGGCAGCACUCUAAACCAUGUCUUGAUAAACCUAGUAGAUGGUAGAAAGAUUUCUGUGAAUCUGGUCGCUGCAUCAGCUCUUUUUCAAACUAAAUAUCUCUAAAUGUAAACCACACUCAGUAGCAAAUACAAUGAUGUCUACAAGUCAGAAAUUGAGUUCUUAGUUACCUAUAGAGAAAUUAUGGAAAGAAUUUCCCAAUUUCUCCGCAAGCUACGCUAGAAUUAUGCUAAGCUGCAGAACAGGCAUCAUUCGCUUUUUCGAGUUUGCGCGCUUGUCUCGGGCUUGCCGUUGCUUGCUUCGAAAACGCCGCAAAGAAAUGACUCCUGUUCUGCAGGCUAGAAUCAUGCACGUACUCUCGCCGAACCAUAAAAUGGUUCAACAUUUAAACCAUAAUCAAAAUUUUUGAGCAAAUUUCCCAAAUUUUAGUGUUAGACUUUUAAGUCCAUUUCUUUCCAACCCGUCCAUACCCAAAAACACUUAAUAACAUGAUUCUCUUGUGCUAGUUCAGUGACUUCCAGUAAGACAACUAUAUCAGUGGUUUUCCGUUGAGACAAACACUUGUUAGAUCGAUAUUCUGUUAGGAUCAAAGUUGCACCAAAUCUGGGUGAUUCUGCCUCCUUAUAUCUCACUUGGUUUGUCUGUCGAACAUUCAUUUUAGGGUGGUGCAGGCUCGCAAGGUGCUUCUGGGAUUCCCGCAGAAAACGGCGAAGUGGUAUGUUUUAAAUAUAUUUACAGUGAAGUUAAUAUUUUACUCUUGAUUAUGGGAAAUGAGUUUAGGCGUCAAGUAGUAACCAAAUCCACGACUGAGAAAAUCUAUGCGUUUCCCUCAAGGCCGUUACUAAAGCACUCAUUUUCUCCUAAUUAACAACUGAACUCUUUCUUCUGAGCAACUUCAGCAGGUUAUUAUUCAAAUUUCAACUUCCUUUCCCUUGUCUCUGACGAAUCAUGUUAGCAAUAUUAAAUGCCACUGUCAUGUGUAAAAAUAAGGGCCAAACUCAGUUCCACAUUACUGCUUCCAUGACGUGUUGCAAACGCGCGCCGGCGGCUUUAGUCAGGUCUAGUACUUUACAGGUAGAAAACUGCAUGUACUCAGUAAAAGAUCUAAACCACAAGAAAAAGUGAAUCGAUACAGAAUUGUUGAAACAACCAGUGCUGUUUUGACACGUCUUGAUAUUGUUUGGCAAUAAUGCUAACACUGUGGAUUUUUCUCUUUUAAGGGUCCGCAAGGAGACAUGGGCCCCUCCGGUCAAACUGGAUAUGCAGGAAAAAUGGCAAGUAGCAAGAUUCCUAAACUAGCUGGGGCCCAAAAUAGUUUUUGUUGCUUUUAUAAACAUUUUUAUGAAAAUGUCUAGUUGUGAUGCCCAGUAAUCAUUGUUCAUAAACGGCUUUUCUACAUGAAAGACAGGAUAACUCACUCACGGAAAAUUGUUUACCAGCCCAAGGAUUGGUAAGCAGCAAUAUCUCAAGAUUUGAGUCUCAACACCCAAUGACAUCAUCUUUGGUCUAACCAAUGACAACCAGACUAAAAUCGUUUUUCUCUGACAAAUACAUUUAUAUUGCCGUCUUUUGUUUGCUCUUGCUUCACGAAAGAAGAGCAUUCUCGAUUCCGUCAGAGACGAGUCAAGGACAACUUUUGAAACUGCUUUGACUGUGAAGAGAUGGCUUCAGCUAAGGUUGACGAAACGACAAGAAUUGUCAACGACCCUGAAUCGGCAUAGCCUGCGCAGCAAGCGGUUUUGGUGUGUUUUGCUUUUGUGAAACCCCCCUAAGAUCAAAAUUUGAAUUCUCAUUUGUUGCCCCUAUUCAUUUCCUACAGAAGUACAGGGGAGCAGUUGAUAAAAUAUCAAGCAAAUUCAUCUUGUGUGAUCAUGUCCGUAAUUCUCAUAACCACUCUGUUUAAAAAAAAAAAGCAUUGAUAAUACAAGGAGAAAUUUGAUGCUGAUCACUCUUAGGUCUUAAAGGGCUAACGAAAAACACACCAUUAAAAACCACCCACUAUGCAGGCUACCCUGAACAACAGCAGCCCAGUUCAGUGUUACCUAAAUAUAGGAUAUUAAUUAAGGAUAUUAUUUCUGCAAUUGUAUUUAUUCUUUUUCUUUUAGGGAGUAGUCGGUCCUAUUGGAGAUCAAGGACCGAGAGGAGAGCCUGGCUCUGGGGUAUGACAUCAUUUUUGUGAUGGUCUUAAUGGCCAUUUAUGAUAAAGACGUUAAAGUCGUUCAGACACAUUUAACGUCUGAGACGUCAAAGUCUCGACUGGUGUAAAAACGCAACGUUUAAAAGAAGACGAUAGUAUUGAAGAAAAAAAAAAAUAUAAAAAAAGACAAAGUACUCAGUCAUAUCUGGAGGAGUUGAGCAUAAAUGCGCCCCAGUGAAAGUCGUUCCAAGACGACUUUAACCUCUCAGACGUUAAAUGCGUCUUGACGACUUUAACGUCUUCGAAUAUAAAAACGGCUAAUGGCAAGUUGUCGUGUUUAGGAUUUUAUCACGAUCAAGAACACUUCCCUUUACCUGCAUAUUAACCGUAAAAAUCAAGGGAAAAAAAUCGAGAAAUCACAAAGUGUGACGCAAAGUGAAACGAAAGAUGAAGUCUUUUUGAUGUUGGCAGAAAUGUUGAUUUCCUAAGACAGAGAAAUAUAAAACGUCCAGGCAUAAUUUGGCCAUAUGUAUGACCGUUCAUUUGAAGAAAGCAUAUAAAGCUGGGAAGACCCAGAUGCAAUAAAUAUUAUAUCAGCGAAGUUGACAGCUCAAGUGUCAUCCCACAAUAGAGAGAGUGAGAGCUGGGAACUACAGGAAAGUGAAGGAAAUUUUCUUUUGACUUUCAUGUUGUAGCGAGUAGUGAGGACUCGUUACUUCGCGUGUUUAAAUUUCGCGCAGAGUCGCGGGUAAUUGCGAAAAACGAGACAUUAAGUUCCAAUAAUGUAUAUUGAUGGUAAUUUGAUUUUUUCUUGUCAGGGUCCAGAGGGCGCUACUGGCGAGCCUGGUCCUCAAGGAGAAACAGGCCCUCAGGUACAAACCUUUUGUUUCUUUCCUUCAAACAGUUUUUCCUUGUAAUUUUCAAAUUCCAAAUUUAUUUAUUGCAGGGCGAUCGUGGAGGAUCGGGCCCUAAAGGUUCCCGUGGAAGCCAAGGGGAAUUUGUAAGUUAUUUUCUCUACCCUCCCCUCCCUUGCAGCACUUCCAUUAUUUCUUGAUAUACAUAGUUGGACCUCCUCCAUUCAGCUGCGACCAUCUGUCGGCCAAUAAUAAUUGUUGAAAAUAAUUGUAAUUGGUUAGUCAGGCGACCACGGCCACAUUUUAGCCACCCCGACGGGAAUUCUACUUUUAUCACCUCUAUUAAGCGAGCAUAAUUUAGGUUAAUGCGAUACAACUUCCAACCAGGUUGUUAUUAACUGUUUCCCAGAAGAUGAUGAAGGUCCGUCGAAACAUGUAUGUAAAAUUCCAAAAUGUCAUCUUGUUUAUUAAAAGGUCUCAAUUGUAAAUGUCCGUGGUGAGGCUCAUUGCAAUGUAGUUCACACUUUUAAAAAGAACAUUUAACAGACCGAGUGUUUUUAUUCUGUUUCAGGGUUCUCGUGGCAUUUUAGGUCCUUCGGGUCCGGCUGGAACAGACGGUGCACCGGUCAGUAUAGAACUGAGAGUGCUCAGAACGAUAUGUUUGAACUUCUUAGACUUUGUUGGCUUCCUUUUGCGAAGAAUAUUGGAAUCCGCGACACCCAGACACAAACUCGAGGUUGUUAACGUGUUGUUGCGAGGUCACAUGACGCGAAAAUGAAAUCAUGGCAACAAAUAGUACAAAUGGCCACCAUCUUAGAUUACAACCAUGUGUCAUGCAUGGCUUCAGAAUAACAAAAGAGAGAAAUUGCAAUUUAACUCUCAACUAGGGGCCUGUUUACAUGGAGGUGGGGGACCCCAAGUAGGUGAGGUAAUCCGCUUAUAGUUGGGGCAACCCGCCCGUCCAUAUAAUCUCCCAUUUUAAUUUGAUCACGUUUUCCUGAUAAGUGGGGUGACCCGCCGCAAGGUACCUCACCUACCUCCAUGUAAACAGGCCCUUACAAAAUUUAACUACAAGUCAUUUGACUGAAAAAGGUUUCGUCUCGAAACAAAUGGGUCCCCUGUUUUUCUUAAAUGCAACAUAAUAAGAAAUGAUAUCGUUGAUAAGCAGCGCCAAUUUUAUAGAAGUUGGAUCGUCAGCACCUUACUUUGAGACGAUUUUUUGUGUAGUUUUUGACAUGCAUUUUUCCCUGUUUUCUCAUAAAUUUUUAAGCUUUAGGUCUCUCUUCUCGAGGUAAGUUAAUCAGCGUUACAUGCUCAUGCGUCCAACUAGUCUGACAGAGCUCCUAAUAGCUAUUACUGUCGACUAAACAGUAAUCUGUGACAUGGUUUGUUUGCAGGGAGGGCUGGGUGAGGAAGGUCCAAUGGGAAAGAGUGGCCGAAACGGCAAUAAGGUGAUUGCGUCCAGUUCUUCCUUUCACUUUUUAUUUGUUGAAUAUUUAUCCUUUUGGUGAAGCGUUUUAAACGAGAUUUUCUUCGAAAAAUAUUUCACAAUGUUGUUGAGAAAAAAAAAGCAUAUUUUGAAAGCAUUAUUAAACUGUGUUUACGAGAUACGUUUGCUAAGCUUUACAUAAUACAUAAAAGAUGUCGAACUUGUCAGCUGGGCUCUCGUCUAAGCCUUUUCUUGGAAGGAAAAUCGGGCCAAUCUAAGCCAUCAGUGGCCUUUUAAGGUUCAUAUCACCCCUUGUGCGGGAAUCCCCGACUCGUACCCCUCGGGCCGACCCUCGCGCCGUCACAGGGGAGACGACUGGGGACGAGUCAGCGGGAAUCCGGAUCUAGAAUCCGGAAGAUAUAUGCUUGUUGAAUCCAGAUCUUGGGCUUUGGAAACCGGAAUACAGCUCAGGGAAUUCGGAAUCCCAUUAACGAUUGAGAUCCGAAAUCCAGUUUCCACUGACAAAGAAUGUGGAAUCCAUUCCCUGUAAUCCAGACUCCAAGACUGUGUUAGAUCAUAGCCAGUAGAGGAGACUGGUGACGAAAGACGGUAAACAUCAAAGUUGAAAGCAAUGGUGCUGUAGGUUAUGUUGGAAGCUCCCUGACUGUGCAAAAUCCUUUGUUUUCUGUUCACAAAUUGUGACUGAGUAAAUUAAUGCGAUGUUUCUAUUGGUCAAUAAGUUCAAAAUGAUAGGAAUGCUAUUGAAAUUUGUGCACGGUCAGGCCCAAAAAAGCUAACAAAAACAUAUAACAAAGGGUUUCCCAACCAUUCUACUUUAAUUAACUAUGGUUAGAUUCCCUUCCAAGGGGCAAUUCAUUAAAUAUGGCAUAACCACUUGAUACUUAUAGCUGGAGAUGUAUCGCUCGGUCCUAUGACUACCAUUCUUGAGUACAAAUGGUCCUAGUCCUUCUUUUGGUUUGUGUUCCUUCCAGGCAAGCCCCUUUGGGUGCUUCAAAUCGUCUUUUUCUCUUUUCCAAGUGUAUAAUUGGCUCACUGCGGCAUCAUCGGGAGUGGACACUUAUUUAAAACUCUAUGGCGAUUAUUUCAACCGGCUUAACUGGUCAAUUGUUGUGGGUGGAUAUUCCCGGUGUUGAAUUCUCAAUGAGCACGUCGAAGUUCUGAACAAAUUUAAAGAAGGGUUUGUCAUCGUGUUCACCUUAAAACUUGAUAAUGUGAAGUUUCGGGACUUGAGUAGAUUCAUCUAUCAGGUAAAUUCAAACUAUGAGAGAAAAUCUUAAACUUAGAAUCCAGAUAAAAUUGAAAACUAAUAAGCUAGCUUUCGACCUCAACUGAAGUCUUGUUCAGUUCUGCGCCGGCGCAGGUGAAGUUUCAAGUUGCAGUCGUGCGGAGUGAGGGCAAAGAAAUGUACCAAAUAAUGUGAUGGACGUACAGCGUUGUUGUUUUGCUUAUCAAACCUUAAAACGCUAUUAAUAAUCGUUUUUAGGGUGCUGUCGGUGACUUUGGUCCCCCUGGAGAAAAUGGAGCAGUAGGUUCACAGGUAGGUAUAAAUCGAAUGAUCAAUUUAUGGAAGUGGGAAGCAUUACUUGUGCGUCCUGGAAAUAAUAAUUUCCAAAUAUUACCUGGACGUUCAAACACAUAAAAUUUACAGCAUACGUCACAUUUCCUUUACCAAACAAGGAAAUAUUUCACUGACUUAUUCCAGAAUUACCCACACCACAUUACUAUCUCUUGUUUGAAGUGUAUAUUAGCCGGUGUAAAAAAAGUACGAAUGUCAACCAUGAAAAAAGAGCUCAUGAAUCGAUUCCUCUCCUUGAAUGAAUAAGCGAAACGCGAAAGCUUCAUAGAGAUCAACAUAAUGCACAAAGAACCGACGCCUUAGCUAGCAAAUAAAGAACUUUGAAGUUUGCAAAGUAAGCGCUAUAAGAAAAUGAACGCUGGUUUUUCAUUGCUAGCAUAUCUUCCUUUUUCAUAGAUUUUUUUUUUCCCGAUGUUUCCUAAAGUUGGAAUUAAGACUCUACAAACUCACAUUAAAUGCCGCGUUCGUUUGUAAGGUGACCUAUUACUUGAACAUGUUAGGCUAUAACAGAGUUGCCGUAUCCACGGAUGUAGUAUGGACGAAAAGGGGUACUGGAAUGGAGAUCGAAAAUACAGUGUUUUGCGGCCAUGUUUCAUCUCUUUUGUCUCACAGGGUACCCAAGGACAGUCUGGCCCACCUGGUCCUCCCGGAACUGCAGGAUCGCUUGUAAGUAAACAAAGAAACUAAGGCAUUUAAUUGUUCUCUCUUGUUGUCAUUAUCAGCAUAGAUGUUGUUAUUUUAAUAUGUCAGCUAAGGUGGUAACAUUCGAAUGUCUUCCCUCGAAAACGUUACAUAUUUGCGUAAUCUUCUUUUAGGGUGCCAUUGGAUUGGAAGGAGAAAAGGGAUUCGCUGGGCCUGCAGGAAUAAGAGUAAGUACUCACUCUUGUGAUGAUCUGCAUACAAUCAUGAUGUUCAAAGAAAUACCGCAGUUUUAGAUCGAGUUCAUCGUGAUAACUGUAUUAUCAUAAUUAUAUCAAUAACAAAAUUCUCCAGUGUGAAUGGUUAUGAACAUUGCUGAUGUGAUAGAAUCAAAGAAAGACUAUCGUCAACUCGUGGGUACGUUGUGUAGAAAAUAAUCAAUUAGUUAUCACCUCUGGUUUUCCCACAGUGAAUUGUAGGAAAUGAUAGAAAUUCAUAUUAUAAAUAUACUAUCCUUGUUCUGGAAACACAAUACUUUUCUUGCUGUUUAUUGCACUUUAGUAACAGUUAUUUAAGUAUAUAUUUAAAAACAAAACAAAAAAAAAACAGCAAAACAAAUAAGCAAACAAGAUAAAACAAAAAAGAAAAAAAAAGGAAGAAGGGAAAAAGAAGGUCCGAAGCGGGAUUUGAACCCGGUACCUUCAGUUGGACCCGACCUCACAUAGCCACUACGCCAUUGAGGAUGGUCACGUGAUUUAGAGGAAAGUCUCAUAUUUAAUGCCUUUUCCAUGGAACUUCCGCCGGCAAACGAUCGGCCAUAAAAACGACUCGAAGCAAUGAGAUGAAAUUAAGGCUAAUUGAAACCAGGCUACUGACAGUAAAAAACAAUGUAAACGCAUUUCAUGGCAAUGAAAGAACAUAUGCGAUACAAAGCCGACACAACUCCUCCGCGAAGUAGGACGCAAAACAUUAGCUUAUGUUUUCUUAUCUCGAUUUCCGCUGUUAUUUUAAAAAGGUAAUGCUCAAACUCACAUCCAUUUCCCCCCGUGAUCUUGGGGAGUCCUUUAGAAGAAGGAGAAGAAGUGCCUUUAUUCACCAUACAUUUCACCAGUCCAUAUUUUGUAGUCCGUAUUUUAUACCCAGUCCGCAGUCCGUAGUCCGCAGUCGGUGUUUUAUACUGACCGCCAUAAAUUUAUUCAUACACAUAACCUACUACAGUACUACAAGGUAGGAGCGUCGAAGUUGAAGGAGUCGAAGAGCAAAUGCUCAUCUUCUUGUCAAGUUUAACGCCUGGACGGGUCAAAGGCUUUUGUCGACUUUUGAAUCGUACUAAUUUGAAAGAUUCCUGCCUGUCUUAAAUUUGGUAAGACCUCUAUCCUAACCGUGCUGUAGCGCACGAUGCACGCUCGCAGCAAGGAAUUUGAUGCUACCGAACUUCGGCGAGCGCGUGCUUCUUUGGAAACGAUAGAUCUUCGCGCUCUGGAUUUCGGACCCGAUUAAUUACGAAGUGCGUCUAUUACGAGUGAGUGAGUGACUCAUUUGCAUAUCUCAGUCCCUGCAAUAACUCGUGGUACGCUCGCGCGUACCCACGAGUUAAAAAGGACAGUACACAUCAAGCCUAAGUUAUUGGGCGGCAUGCGUAAUCGCGCUAUGCGAUAGAAUAACUGCACUUGAAUGGGCUCUUUGUUGCUCUUGUUGCUUUUGUUGUUUUCUCUCUCGUCAAAUCCAAAAACUCUGGAGACAUGGUGAUUUAAUUUUAAAAAAUUGCAAUUAUCACAAAUAAGCUCUAUUCUAUCCGAAUCAUUUACUGAUAGAAUUGAACUCCGCUCAGUCCUAUUAUCAUUAUUAAACCACGAGGCUUACCAUGAAACUUUGUUUAAUGUUUCUUGGGAGGAAGCCUCCAUAGUUAAUCAUGGCCAUAGAAUGUCUUAAUCGGUCCUUAAACCUCAUAAUGUGGUACACGGUUACUGUAGUCGUGAAAAGAAAGAGAUGUCGUACCGAGGCAGGAUUAGCUCAGUCGGUAGAGGGUUUGACUGCAGAUCGGGAGGUCGCGGGUUCGAUUCCCGGGACCGGACCAUUACUCAGGGUCUUAAAAUGACUGAGAAAUGAAGGUACUUUCUUUGCACUGGAAGCGGCGAGACCUUCGCGUGACUCGGAUGACCACGUAAAAUGGCGGUCCCGUCUCCAUUAGGAGAGGUAAAAAUAGUGUCCCCAAUUAGCACUCUCGUGCUAAAUACAUUGACACUCAAAUAAAAAGUGCAUUUUAAAAAAAAGUGCAAUUGCUUAAUGAUCCGUGGACUAUAGCUUUGUCAGCUAUUUGAAUCUGAAUUUUUACUGUGAGAACAAUUUCGGGUCAGUGUAAGAUAAUUUCAUUGCCCGCAUGGCUGGUUGCAGCAGUUGCUUUGAUAGGCAGCUGAUGAUAUGAUUAAAAUUAUCAGAAUAUUUUAUGAAGACCACCAAUUAUGGGCUCGAUACGAUAACAGACCAAUUCGUCGUAUCCCAUAUGACACUUGCUUGACUCAUCGCAAUGAACAUAUUCACCUUUUCAUGUCUUCAGGGCAACGCUGGUCCUGCUGGAUCCAAAGGAGCACUGGGCGCUAAAGGAGCUAAGGUAACCUUGACACUUUUUUUAUUAUUUUUACAACAUUACAUAUUGCAUCUUCAAUCUACUUCAACCUCUCUCAAUCUUAUAUACGCUCUUACACAGGGGGAAAUUGGUGACACAGGCAGUGACGGAAGCGACGGAAAAGCUGGCGAAAAUGUAAGUUAAGUAAAAUAUACAUAUAUUUUUAGUUGGUUAAGGUUUGUUAGUUUUUUGCCGGUACAAACUUCGAAAUGUUUUUGGAAUUUAUUUGUAUAGUAAGCAAGUAAGCCACUGCAACGCUCACCGCGAGGGAAAAAAGUAGAGAUUGUACCUCUCUCGUCUCCUUCUCUAUCCCGUUCAUUGCUUAUUUCACUCGCGUCUCAUCUCUUUUUUGCUCUUGCCACAAUUCUUACCUUGACAUUUCUCUGUUAGGGUGAAGGGGGUCCUGCUGGUUCUCGAGGAAGAUCAGGGGAAAGAGGCGAAUCUGUAAGUAAUAACCUUAGUUUUGUUUUCGUUGGGGAGCUUUACCGAUGGCGACGGAAUCAACUUGACAGCCAAAAAGCAGUUAAUUUCGUGAGCAAAACAACAACUCAACUCUGCACGUGCAUCAAAACGUUUGAGACAUUUCUUUACCAUCACUACACGACCACGAUGUGAAAUUUGCAACACACACGACUACGAAUUUUUCUAUCUCUAUCUGGAAAUUCAAUUUCAGGAAAGUUCAGUACCCUCUACUAGCAUUUUGAGUUGGAAUAACAGUGAUCAUAAUAACAGUGAUGUCGUCUUGGUUUUACAGUGGAACCUCAGGGGACAUUCUCAGGACCAAGGGUAGUUCCCCUUUGAAUAGAAGUGUCCCCUGAAUGGAGGUUGGGUUGGGGUUUGGUAAUAAUUAACCUACAAUUAAAAUAGUUUUCUUUUUCUGCCUCGGAAUCUGCUGCAGUCAAUAUUUCAAGAAGGUAGAUAAUGCAUUAAUAAAAGUCAUGAUUUUUUAUUAACUUAUCUCUGCAAAAUUCUGGGUUGAAUUCCCACAAGUGCAGAAUAUCGAUUUAAGUGAGAUAGUUCAUUUUUUGAAUGUUCUCGGCAUUGUGACUAGUAAACACUUAAACUUAUCAACGCGACUUUUGGGUCACUUUUUGAGUGCUAAGGUGUCCCCUGCGUGGAGGUUAAAGCCGGGUUUCGGGACCCAGGAAAAUGUCCCUUUCCCUGAAUAGAAGUGUUCCUUCAAUAGAGUUAACAAAUAAAAUGAUUAAGCGAACAUUUUUCCGGAACCACGUUUUGUGUCCCCUGAGCUAUCUUCUGGGCGAUUAUUGCGUGCACAUGACCAAUAAAAUAGUCUAAUAGUUCCAAUAGUGAAACACUACUAAGAACAGUACUUGUUUGUAUUUUUUCAGGGGAGUUCAGGGGAGAACGGUGAGCCUGGAAAUGCUGGAAGAAAAGGAUCAAAUGUAAUUCACAGUUUAGCUGAUGUAUAAUUAGAAAAUAGGAGAUUUUCUUUUUGCCUUCACAUUUAGGCUCAGGUCAAACGCCAUACUUCAUAUUAGCCGAACUCGAUCAAUUGUGUUCGGCUAUCCUGGAAGUACGGAUUUAGAGGCUGUAACCUUUCAGGGUGACGCCCUGUGUCGAUAAGUAUUACCGUUACAACUGGGGCAUAAGAAACACCAAUGUCUGGCGGAAAGGAGAUUUGGGGCGAUGGCUUUCUCGACGAUUGAGAUGUGGAAUUGUUCCGCCCGUUUUCUCGAUGAAGAUUACUUCAUAUAGAGUCCCAGCAGAAACUUCGUUUGAUAUAAUUCGUGCGUGGUUUAGACAAGAGGAAGUUAGCUUCAGCAAAUCUCAGGUUAAAUUCUGCACGAUGGAGAGUUGAAAACAAGCCUCUGGGCUAGCGUGACGGAAUAUGAAUGUAACGUAAGUUUGGGUGUGCAACCAGAGUUUUGUUCUUUUCUUUUAUCAUUUUGUUUUUUUGUUUAACUAUUGUUAGGGUCUAGAUGGUGACAUAGGAAACCAAGGCCUUGAAGGAUUUACUGGUGCUCCUGGAGCAACUGGACCCAAAGGAGAGUUUGGGGCUCCUGGCUCCGAGGGUACUAUGGUAUGUAAAUAAAUAAAGUCAUGUUCGUUUAUAUCAUGUACUAUUUUGUUCCCAGGCGAAUCUUUGCUGACGACACUGUUUCAGACAUUGUUGCGCAUUAGCAUACGAGUGAUAGAAAACGUCAUCGUACGUACAAAUUAGUUGCAAAAGUUUAAAGAGCUGCUUAUUUUGAGCAGUUUGUGCAAUUUUCAGCUCUUUGCAAUCAAUAACAGAGGAAAUAGCAGCAAUCAAAACCUGCGAAAUUGCUGGGUGUCAAAAACACUAUUGAGAACAUGUACUUUUUGUAAACUUUUGAGGGUUUAGGACAAAAUUUCUCCGAAACUAUUCGGUGUAUCGGUCUCAAAUUUAAAGAGGUAACUGAAAUUGCUGCACUCUUUCAAUAUUCAGCAAUUUUAUUUUAUUAAUAGCUUGAUCAGGAAAUGAAAUGCGUAUGUUAAUGAGGCAAAAAUGUAAACGAAGAUUCACCUAUUAGCCACCUGAAUACAACACUAAGGCUGCAUGAUGUUUUUGGCACAAGUGCUAAGAAUCAGAGUACCUGGUAGCAUACCUGGUCUUGAAAGAUGUUGUAGAUAAAUUCGAGCCAAACAGUUUAUUGCACUUAAAACCUUGCGGUUUAAAGUUUAAAGAGUUUAAAGGAAAUUCGCGUUGAGAUAACUAAUAUAUGCCUGUAUAUAGAAAGUACAUAGUCUCUCACGGUCACCUCACAGUUAAUCCGGGGUCGAGCCAUUUUACUAGGUUCGCAUAUGAUAUAACACUCGUCUUACAACAGCUGGUAAUGUUGAUUAAUUUUUUUCCCGUUUAGGGCGUAACAGGUCAACGCGGCUCACGUGGAGAAGAUGGAGUAAUGGGCACAACGGUACCAAUUAGCCUUAUUUGAAAUUGCAAACGCUCAUAAACUGUGACUCUUUUGUAUCACCUUUAAUUUGCUAAAUCGUCUAUAACGCAAUUCAUUUUAAUUCAAAUUGCACUCCUCCUCGUUGCAAUAGUUACGAGCCCUCUGCCCUUUAUUUGACGCCUUCGAGAUAGAAAGGAUCGGUUAAGUAUUCUGUUUGUCUCACUAAAAUCGACAUUUCGCAAAAUUGGUGGGAUAUAGUAGCUGUAUCACGAAAUGUCAAUAUCAAAAUUCAAACAGAACUGCAACAAAACUGAGUGAAAGAUGAAAAUAACCGGGUACUCCAGUUUUCCCCUCCCACCCCCCAAAAAAACCUACACUUCUAAAUUCCAAUUCGAUCUGGAACGCACGAACCCGUUUAAACGAGGUUAUAGGAACUCCUAAGUGCUUCGUGGGUACUAAACAAAUUACAACUUUUUUAAAAAAUAGCCAUUCAAAACGUGAAAAGAAGGUAGAAAUAACACAGAAAAUUCAAAAGGAGACACGGAAUGAUCAAACUUGAUCGAGAAGAUUCAAGUGGAUUGCAAUAUUAUUCUUUUUUUUUUUGGAAAGCUUGUUUGCCUUAACAGUUUUUAACGUUCUUUUUUGUUGUUUGUAGCAUUUGAUAUAAUGCUUGGGAGACAAGCUUAUUUGACGAGAACCUGUGAUUUUUUCAUUUACAAGCAAUUUCUGUAUUAACAAAGUGAACUGGACAGGCGUGACACAACUCCUUUAAGGGCUAAGCCGUGAGUUAUUCUUAAAAAAGUUUGAAAACCCAUUAACACUUUGUGAGAUUCCUUCCUUUGGCUUUCUAUUGUGUUUAGGGUGAUACUGGAGAAGCUGGAGAUGUUGGAAGUUUUGGCGCUGAAGGGGAGAAGGUAAUUUUAUUGUAAAGGAAACUGAGGCAUUUCGUUUACCGAGGUGUAAAAUUUUUUUUUUCUUUAUCACAGCAUCAGUGAGGUCUGCUUUUUGUUUGUUUGUUUGUUUUUUUUCGGAUACAUAAUGAUUAAUCGGAUGUUUUGCCUUAAGCUUAACUUUCACUGUCGUGUAUUGCACAAAAGUGCAAAAUCCCCACAUUUGGCACUCUUACUGAACAUUGACUACAUAUCCUGUGGUCAUAGCAACCUCCUGGUGACAACCAAUUAUUUUAUAUGUGUAUUACAAACAAAUGAACAGCCAUCCGGGGAACCAGUGAACACUUUGAUUUGAUUCUAACAGGUUAAUGAUGGACUAGCCAGUCAAACUUUAUAAAGCCGACUUCAAAAAGCAAACUUAAAAAGUACAAAACGAUUACCGUUUUUGUUUUCGUUUAGUUUUCUCCCCCCUGGCGUGAUUUGCUUUUCUUCCUUGUUAUACUAUAACAUACAUUGUAGUCAUUGCAUAAAUAUUUCUGAUGCUUGUGUGUUGUUGUGUGUUGUUAUGUGCGGAGCAGCACCUCUCACUUUGUAUAUAAGUUUUCUUUUGCUUUUACGUUUAAUAAUGUUAUUUGUGUCUUGUUUAGGGUGACAGAGGGAAUCCCGGAGAUCCUGGACCACCUGGAUAUCAGGGAGAAAAGGUAUUUUGUAACUGCUUUGCAAGCAGGUCUGCCAGUUCAGAUAUGUCCUAUUAUACUUUCAGAACACAUUUGUUGGCAGGCUAAGGAGGCUGUGCCUAGUAAUUAGGUCUGAAGUGUUUUUUUUAACAUUUAAAACUACUUGAGAGAACGUCAAAACCUUAAUAAAAAGAAAAAGGAUAAAUUUUUGUUUACAUUUGUCUAAGAAUUUCUAACUGCUCUGCUUUUUGCUUAAACGAGUUAAAAUGUUCAAAUCUCAUGAUUGUAAAAUAAUAUGUAGUCCACCAGGUUGCCUAGGAUUUUAUUUCUUCGUCCACUCUUAAGUGAAAUGAAAUUACGAAAGUUUACAUUUGACCUGUCGCGAAAGGUAAUUUUACUCCCUCAACGAUUCAACUAGAUGUCUCAAAACGCAAUUAUCAACAGUUUCUCCUGACAAUGCGCCAAUAAACUGAAACGUUUAUAGCUUGCUAAACGGUAAUAAACGUUGCAUUUUUUAAUCAAACAAUAUAAUUAUAGCUAUCGUGUCUCUUACAUUUAUAACAUUUUUUUGACCCGUUUAAUAUACCAUAGGGAAAAAGAGGUGACUUGGGACCCCAGGGAAGCAGAGGAGAAGAAGGAGCCUUGGUAUGUUAUUCUUAAAUCGAACUAAGUUAGACAGCAGUCCAUUCAUUGCCUAUUUACCCUAUAUCAUCUACUAAGACUCCGUCUCAAAUAACCCCCCUCCCUCUUUCAGGGGAAGAAAGUUAUUAAGCCCCCCAACCCCUCCCCCUUCUUCACAAAUGAUAUUACUAAGUGAUAGACUGUACUGAUUAAAUCUAAUCGCUACUGUAAAACCUUAUGUGGACUGAUCCGGUAUGAUUUAUUCAAAUGCUGAAAAUUGGGAUUUGUUUCAGUUUGGUCUUCGGCUGUUGACCUCCGACUUCAUGGGCUUGAGCUUUUCCACUUUACGUCAUAAAUCUUUAUAAAAAAAAAAAUUAGUAUCGUUUUCUACUUGUUUGAAAAGGCAGUGUAGCGUCCCAUUUCGCAAAAUUGAAUCAGCACCCCUCUCUAUUAAGCCCUCGGCCUAGUAUGCUUUAAAUAAAUCAGCCCGGGGACGUGGGGGGGUGGCUAAAUAGAAGUGUUAGGGUAAGAGUAAGUGAGUGAAAUAAAGAGAAUUCUCUCUGGAAUGAAAAAGCUGAAUUUCAUUUGUAUUUGGUUUUUAGGGUGCCGACGGCGUUAUGGGGCGCGUCGGCGAGAGAGGAGAUGAAGGAGUUGAGGUACGUCGCUCAGUUUCUUUUACUGUUUAUUUAGUUUAGGCUGCAAUUAUGGAUUAUUCAUUCUAAUCUAGCAAACUCUCCAUAUUUAAAUUGUAGGGCCCCACUGGAUCUGGAGGUGUCCUUGGUUUAAAGGUGAGCUCGUAACGUUUAAAACCAUGAGUUAUAGAUCAUGAAAAUUAUUAUGUGCCAUAUCCUCUAGGUCGUUUCAGUUUGAGACACCACAGUCGACUAGCAGUCAAUCACCCCGUAGCGUCAAUCUUUCAUAAAAGGCCUGGGCACAACGACUUCGAUUUUCAGGCUAUUUAUAGGUUCAUUAUUUUUUCGCCAAAUCUUAUUGCGUCGCAUUCUCGUUUCAGAGCCGCGAUCCUUUUGGCCAGCGCCACGUGGCGUUGGCCCAAAGGAUCGUGGCUUAGGGAACAAGAAUGUUUGCACUGUGGGUUUUCUAGCAACGGCGGACGAAUUAAGCAAAAUGCUUAGCGCAAUAAGUUUAUGUAACUGCAGGUUGAAGAAAUUUAGGUGAAAGGACCCAAGAAACCUGUAUUUAGAAGAGCAACUGACAAAAAUGGGCAAAGCGAAGUUUGUACAGAAAGAUAAAAGUGAAAAUAGACUGAAAGUUUCACGCUCCGUGCUGAUGCGCUCCUCUGAUUUCAUGUUUAAGUUAGCCAAAGAAAACUUUAUCCCGGUGUUUCUUCUUCGAACAAUGAAAGGCGCACGAACGUGUCCACCUCUUCAGACAUCUUUGCUCUGCUGCUCCCUUUUGCCACCUAAAACAUACCAAAAAAUAAAUUUUGAAAAGUACAUAAAAUUCGUUUUUUCGGAAAAUGUACGUGUUUCUCAUGAUGCUAGUUAAUGAGAAAACUAAAAACUUGAUAUCAUUGUGCUGAGGUUUACUUGCUGCAGUUAUCGCUAACAGCGAAAAUAUUAUUGGAACAAUUAGUGUAAAAUAUACUCUCUAUUUUAUUCAACAACUCUAUAAGAGCGACACCUCCCUAAACUGUCCACAUCGGGAGGGUCCCUGCCAUUCUUCUUCCGUCAUUUCCUUUGACUAGCUAUAGGGUGGACACCUCCUUAAAACAGACACCUAGAGUCAGGCGGAUCAUCAUACGUUUUUCGGAAACUGCCCUCCUACCCCUCCCCUAAGUCAACAUUUUGCUUUAAGUGAGAAGUAAGUGUUAAUGUUGGCUUAGGGGAGGGGUAAGUGGGAAGUUUCCCAGAAACGUGUAAUGAGAGUUGGUCCCUGUCGUUCUUCAGUCAUUUCCUCUGACUAUUCAUAGGGUUGACACCUCCACGCCACUUUGAAAAAAAGACACUUUCUGAUGCAUUCUUUGAAUUGUUUGCACUGACAAAACUUGUACCUCGUUAUUUUUAGGGAGACAGAGGACGCCAGGUAUGACGUGACAUCAUUAUUAAACUUAAUGCUCUCUGUUUUCUUUCUGGGCUUCAAUAGGCCACGUAGGUAGCGGUUGCCUCAAAGCACCGCGAAAGUAACAUGAUCCAGUAAAAUAGCCUUUUACAGCAUAUAAAUGUUAUAUAGACAUCUAGGCAGCAUAAUCCCGAGGGAAUGGACGAAACCAAACGCCAUGACCGUGGUUGCGUAGAUCUGUAAUAUUUUGCGAUAGUUAGGUAGCCAAGAUUGUUUUCAGACGCCAUUAGCAGAGACACCAAGAUAAAAAGAUGGUUCCUUGCUGUUUUCGUGUCAAUUCUGAGCUGAAGUUAUUACUUUUAGCGCCUUCACCAAUAAAAAAAAUUGACCCGGUAGAGUUAUGAAAAAAAAAAACAUCAAAAGAUUUUCACCAGGCAGCACUACUCUACUAUUCUUAAACUUUUGUUUGGUGAUUUUGGCAGGCAUAGCAUUAAAACUUGAAGAAGUUGGGCCAACGUUUUCAAUUUUGAAUCCACGUUCAUCGUAGCCAUUCGUUGCAACAGACGACAGAAAACAGUUCAAUCCCUAAAUAUGUUUUAAAUAACAAAAGUGGGCCAUUAUUCUUAGAAUUCAAUUGAUGCGAGAAAAAGCUUUUUAAAAGAUUGCAAAUAGCUUAACAUAUAAAGCUCCUUUAGUUUUAGAUCUAAAAUGAAACGCUGACUUUGUUUUCCUUUCCUUUUUCCCUAGGGUGCAGAUGGCGAACAGGUAAGAAAAUUCCUUUAAAUCCGUGGAUUUAACUGUAGUUUUGAUUUGGUUAUAAGAAAAGACAAAUUCUUCAAUAAAUAUAUUGAACGCAAGUGACUGUUAAAGAAAAUAUUUGUCCGUGAAUUUAUCAAAGGACAAAGCAUGCAUCGUGGCAAUGGGAGCCAGGCUAUAAAAAACAGUAUGAAUACAAGUCAUCGUGAAAUCACUUAAGGACAACUGCUUUUUUCUUCGAAAGCGCGUUACCAUUCUUCAUUUUUGAUACAAGAAAAGCAAAUGAAUGUAAGGAGAAUUUCUCAUGUUUCCUUUAAAACUUACAGUAUGGUGGCAAGUCGAUGCUCUUCAGGUCUAUCGGAAUGUAAUAACUAUUUUUUAUGCAUGUAAAAUGUAUUUUUAGGGUUCACCAGGCGACAGAGGACCUCCAGGACCACCGGUAUGUUGAACUAGCUUGUGCCAAAAAUAAUCAGGUUUUACUUUAAAUUAUCACUAUGUAGUGAUAACCAUUAAUUAGUUCACUGGGUUGUUACUGUUUAUGGUCUAUAAAGCUUAACCUGUUGUAGGCUCUUAGUUAGUAAGGGCGUCGCGAAAACAAGGUCAAGCGAAAAUAAGACGCGCGUGAUCUAGUUAUCACGAUCGCCGCACAUGCUAUUUUGGAGCCUGAGACGAGCUAUAGAAAGAGUACACUUUUUUCUUCAAUAUUAAAUUUACAAAACAGGGCAUCUUGUAAAUAAACUGUGAAAAUUGUUGUUCUUUUUUGUAGGCCGUGCUUCCUGCUGAAUUUGGGCAGCUAUCGGUAAGGCAACCAAACUCUGAGUGCUUUGAUUUAUUUAGUGUUUUUUGAAGAUUUUUAUUCAACUGUUCUCAAACAACUAAGCGUCACGCGAUUAAUAUCUUUGCCUUGAUGUUGUCUUCAGUUUCCGGGUUUGCAGUCUGGUUACAGUUAUGACAGCCCAGCUGCUUCUCUGGAAACGGAAAAGUCUGGAACACCGAGACUUUACAGAGGUCGGCAACAGGUUAGUAGAGCUAUCACCAUCUUAUUAUGCAUGUCCUUGUAGCCAAUAAAAGGCACAGUACACAUCCAGUUGGCGCGUUUAUCAGACAGAGAGCAGUGUACAGUUUAUAUUAAAUGCCUUGGAUUUUGCGCACUAGUUUUGUAUAUUUAUUUUAAAAUUUUUGUAAUUGUAUGAAACCCUCGCAGUAAUGAUACUAUUUGUCAUUUCUUCUUCUUUACAGAAUGAAGAAAAGAAACCCAAGGUAACUUUUCAAAAGCAUUUACCAUCUCAUGUUAGAGAAUUGCAAAAUUAAGGUGUUUGGUUUGGUUAAGUUUUUGUGUGCGUAUGGAAUUAUAAUCUCUGAAAAAAUUCCCAUUCAAAUGCCCAUUGAAACUCAGUUUGGGGUUCGUGAUUGCUUCUAGUUCUUCACGUCCAUAGGUCUUUUUACAUCUUAGCCUUAGAAAUGUUGCCAGAAUGAUCCCCCUCUGGCUAAGCUUAACGCAAAAGUAUCAGUUCAUAUUCAGUAGAGUUCUUAGAUAUCAAAGGGUACACACUUUGCACCAAGUGUUUGCACUUAAUAUUAUAUUAAUAUUACCACAUUCCGCACCUUUAGACUAUUGAUCUUUAUGAUGUCAUCACUUACCGCCUCGAUAUGUACAAAAAUCCCAACGGUUCCAAAGAAUUUCCCGCCAGGACUUGUAGAGAUCUUCAUAUGAGUUAUCCCAAAUUUCGCAGUGGUAAGUACAGUUAUUGUUUGAAGUUUAGUUUCACUUUCACGUACAGUCGCAGCCAUUGUUGAUGGCCCUUUCAAAAAUAUAGGAAUGUACAUCAUUUACCACAGCACCGUUUUAAUAUAGUGGUGAAAUGUUUAUUCAUCUUAGGACUCUACUGGAUUGAUCCCAAUGGAGGCAUUACUAACGAUGCCAUCAAAGUUUAUUGUGAAUUUCAUACAAACGCUUCCUGUCUGUAUCCAGGAGAGGAAAGCCAGGUUAGUGAUAACUGCAGAUUCCUUACUGUUAAGAAGUCAUUUCUUUUUGUCUGUUUUUAGUAACCAAACAGGACCAAGUUUUUAACUCAGUAUAACAACUACAAAUAACGAAUCAUAACUUGUAGCAAUCGUAAGCAGUCUACAAGAACUCCUCGGACCUCUGAUUUGGCACAUCAGAGUUAGGUUUGAACUUAAGGGCGUACUGACUUCAUCAGUUUUCUAUUGAAUUCCACAGCCGUAUGUGACUGAUCAAAAGAAGUGGUACAGUGGUUCUGAUGGUUACAAAUGGCUAGGAAAGGAACUGCUGGGACUAUCCAAGGUUGGUGGUUUAACUUAUGACCUUACAGUGUUUGCUUAUUUUACACAUUAGGGAGCUUAAGCAACGACGACGGCGACGGCAACGAGAACAGCAAAAAAACAACUGGUUUAGAUCGGCAGAACAACAACUUUGCACGUGCAUCACGCUUUUUUGUUCAUUUCUUAGCUGUCGUUGCACGACUGCAACGUGAAAGUGCCUAAUUUCACGUUAAAUAAUUUUUCUCGAGGACGUGAACACAAGACAACAACUUUCUUUUUCUUUUCCUGAACUACAGUCCCUCAGAAUUCACUCGGACAAAAUUUGCCAAUAUCUGACGAAUUAAACGAGAUGGAAUAGGCGCGAAAUUUUUAAAGCACUUCGAAUUCAAUUAAGUGACGUUUUCGUAGCCUUCGCCGUAGUCGUUGCUUAAGCUCCCUACUGCUACUAGAAACCGUCCGCCGUCAAUCGCGGCAGGAUUAGCUCAGUCGGUUGAGCGCCUGACGCCCGAGCGGAAGGUCGUGCCGUUGCAAUGCAAACGGCUAGACCUUGGCGUGGCUCUGAUGACCACGUAAAAUAGCAGUCAUGUCUCUAAUAGGAGACAUAAUUGUGUCCUCAAUCAGUACUAUCGUGCUAAAUACAGUGAAACUCAAAUAAAGUACAGUCAUGUUUUAGUACAAAAGUAUUCGAUUUUAAACUUAGACUUCAGUAAUAUGAUAAUUUUUUUGGAACGAUUUUCCAGCGCUCCUCCAAGAUUAUUUCCCUUUUUUGACAAAAGAUAACAACUUGUAAUUAUAGAGGUCCGUUCUCAGAAUAGGUAACCCCAUGAUUUCCGGUAUGGGGCCCUUCCAGUAGUGAGGCCGAGUAAAUGACUUAAACAAAUGAUUCAAAUCAAACUUAACUGGGUUAAGAAUCCCACCUGGCCGGAGGCAAACCAAUUGGUUAUUUACAAGCGUGAACGAGGACUUGAACUUGGAACUACCGAGAACAAAUCCAGCUAGCGGUCUGGGCCCAGUUGCUCGAAGCAUGGUUAGCGUUAACCAGCGUUUAAUACCUUGACAACGUAUUGGUUUUGAUACUGCUUAACCAAUGGUUAAAGCUAACCAUGCUUUGAGCAACUCAGCCCAGGACGGAACUUGAAUUCGGGGCCUCCGUAUUGCGAGUCCAGCGCUCUAACCACUCGGCCGCACAGCCUCCCUCAUAAGACUAACUUUACCUUAUCUUUUCAUUCAAAGCUGGAAUAUGUAUCAGAUCCCAGUCAACUUGAAUUCCUCCAAUUGUUAAGUGACCACGCAAGACAGCAGAUCACAUAUCACUGUAAAAACUCAAUAGCAUGGCCUGAUGAGAAAUCAGAUGAAGCCACCAAAUCCAUCAAGUUUCUGACUGUCAAUGGGCUUGAACUACACGCUAAGUCUUCUAACAAGUUCAAGCCGAAGCUCGUUCGAAAUGAUUGCAUGGUAAGGUUUGAUUUAUAACCGUUUGUGAUGCUUUUGUUCUUCUUCGACACGUUUGGUUAGUGGAAAUCAAUUUAUUGAGUCUUAUAGUACGACCGCGCAGAAACAAAAGUGUUAAUAAUAUGUAUCCGCUAAAAUCCUUUCAUUUCAAGGGUAAUUCGUCCUAAUUCCCCUUAUAUUUUGCUGUCAUAUCAAGUCGCAGAGGAACCAAUCUCAAUCCCAAUCCCAAAUAACAUUUGAUAACGUGUUUAACAUAACUGUGUGAUUAUGCAAACUAAGUACUCGGAAAGAAGUUUUUCCUUAUAGCAUUUUUACAUCUAAUAUAUAGUCUUUACUUGAAAAUAUAGAGGAAUUGCCAUUCAAAUAUAAGCGUUAUGGCCCAGUUUUUGAGAAUGGCGUUUGGUUUUGUUAGUAACACAGGAGACGAAACUACGGUGUAUAACCUAAUUACCAGUGAAGAUUCUUAACCAAUGAACUAAGUGCUAGCCAAGCGCGUCACCAACUUUUGCAAAGGGCCUAUAACGUUGUUACUAGUCCAGAUUCUUUACCAUUAAGUUUCCAAAAGGCAUUGCGGUGAAAAAUUGAAUGACUAACCAACUGUUUCAACUAUAUAUUUCAAUACUAGGUAAAAGACGGGGCCUGGCAUCGCACAAUCGUAGAGGUAGACACGCCUAAACCCCAUCGUCUUCCUAUACUUGAUGUGGCUGUAUUCGAUAUUGGAGACAGAGAUGAGGAGUUUGGACUUGAAUUUGGUCGUGUUUGCUUCUUUUGAGUUAUAACCUGUACAAACCUUUUUUUUUUUUGUUUUUUGACAGACUGAUAAGUCAACAAAGAUCUCUAACACUUUGAGUUGUAAGUUUGUAAGUUAUUAGGUGCAUGAAACAAAGCUUGCCGGACGAUUGGUCUGCAGAAGAGACCCCAUUUCAAGCUCAUGCCUAUGUAGUAUACACUAAAUAAAGCUUUUUUGUCUGGUGACAUUUGUGCUUACUCAGUUCUCUCUUAUUAAUCUGUGAUGCAUUUAACACUGACGACCUGCGAGACAAACUAAAUCCUCAGCUGGACAACGAAUUUGUUCCUAGUGGAAGCACUUAGCCUGCAGUUCGAAUUAUUUUUUAAUGACCUUGACUGCUUGGGUGUUCGAAACUUCUGUUUUGUCAGCUAGCAGUAGAAGGGAUUAAAACGCUAUUCGCUACUCAUUAUUGUGGAUACGUGAAGUCAAUAACAACUUUCAAAUAAACCAUUAAAAUAAUUAAUAGACGUUAAUUAUUCUCGGG